AUGGAAGAUCUGGAGACACGCAAGGCACGCCGGAUAGAGCAGAUGGUAGCCAAAUGGCUGCGGCGGUCACGGGAUCAUGCAGCCAGGUAAGUAUUUUAAGGAAAUGUCAUUAAAAGGGGGAUGUGGGAUACCCUAGUUUCAUAGGGGCAUAGUUUGGAAGUGGGUGUUUUCUUGUACCUCUUCUUGUCACUUGGGCCUCAGGUGGUAGUUAUGGCAAGCAGUACCUAUUACCAGACCCUCGGCUGAUAUUCCUGCGGCAGUCCUUCACUAUGCAAGUAGCAAACACCCUCAAUUUUUACCCUCAAUUGUAGCAUUUUAUGCAUUGCAACCUGCUGUUGUUGUUAUUGAUUAUAGUUUAGUAAUUAUUUGUUGUGAUUAAGAGUAGAUUUCUGUUUAAUUAUUACUUGGUGAUAUGUUGAGUUAAUUUUAUUGUGUUCUAUUGAUUGAUUGAUUGAUUGAUUGGAUUUAUAUACCGCCCUAUACCUGGGGGUCUCAGAGUGGUUCACGGAAUAAAAUCAAUAUAUAAAACCACAAAAAUACCUAAUAAAAAUAAAAACAGCAACCCAAUAGCCAGCCAGCCCCAGAAAAAAAAACAUUUUAAAAGUAAUGUAAAUUAGAUCAACCAAAGGCCUGGUUAAAGAGAAACGUUUUUGUCUGCCGCCUAAAAGUGUAUAAUGAAGGGGCCUGGCAAACUUCCCUGGGGAGAGUAUUCCACAGAUGGGGAGCCACUGCAGAGAAGGCCCUGUUCUCGUGUUGCCACUCUCUGGACCUCUCAAGGAGGUGGCACACGAAGAAGGGCCUCAAAAGAUGAUCUCAGGUUCCGGGUAGGUUCAUAUGGAAAGAGGCGGUCCUUAAGGUAUUGUGGUCCUGAGCCGUUUAAGGCUUUAUAGGUCAAAACCAGGACUUUGAAUUGGGCCCAGAAACUAAUUGGUAGCCAGUGCAGUCGGACCAGGAUCAGUGUAAUAUGCUCAGACCAUCUUGCUCUGGUGAGCAACCUGGCCACUGAAUUCUGCACCAGCUGAAGUUUCCGAACCGUCUUCAGAGGCAGCCCUAUGUAUAACGCAUUCUAAUAGAUUGUUGGAAACAGGCGUCUCCCCACGAGAGGAUUAUGUACCUGGACUCUGCACGUAUAUGUGAAACCACGUAAAGUCGGGAGGGUGCUGUUGAGAGAGGCUGUGAAACAGCUAUCUCUCUCAACGGAUCCCAAUCAUCCCACCCGCCUUCUCCGGGUGGUGAUGAACCUCGGCAUGUAUGGUCCCUGCUGGCUGCCUCUGGUUAUGGAAAGCUGAGCUGGGGAGUUGAUGGGUUGGCUCCUGGGUGGCUCCCGGCACCCGGUGCUGGCCAGCUUGACAAGGAGCGGUGCUGAGGCUCCCAGCAGCAUCCUCUGGUCCCUUUCCCUCUUCCCCACUGGAGGUGUGGCUUUCCCCACCGCAGAAAGAGGAACUGCUUCGCAAGAUUUUCGGAGGUUCCCUGUAACCCAACUGCCCCUCUGCUUUCCUUCCCUGUUCCGAUGGCAGUCCACUGACACACUCUCCCCCCCCCCACUUCCUGUCCAAAUCCUGGUUUCCCCUGCCAGUCUUCUCUUUAUUCUCCUCUUGCGCUGGUCCCGAGGGUUAACCGUGCGGCGAGGUCCGAGUCCAGUCCAAGGUCGAGGGUGCAGUAUGGAGGCUGCCCGCCAAAGCUGAAGCGGUGUCUAAGGCAGGGAGUCGGGUGAGGUCAGGAACUCUGGCAGAAGAUCAGGACAGGGUGCAGGCAUGAACUAGCAACCAACAAUGUUGCUCCCGCAACCUGGGACUGGGGCUGGCUGGCUUUUAUCUGCCCCUAGGCAUAGGGCGGCCCCGGUCCACAGGUGACUCGCCUCUCCUGGCCUGGAGGCGAGCACUCCUCCUGCGGGAACUUAGUUCCCUCCGCCUCUCUGCCCUGAGCCUCUGCAGCUCAGGAGAGGCUGGAGGGUUACCGGACCCAGAGGCAACCUCAGCUUCCUCUGACGGGGCUGAGAGUGGAGCACCUGCAGGCAAUGGGUCCUCCAUCACCUCAGGGGCCAGAGCAGACUCAGCUGGUGCCUGCACCUGAGGAUCCAGCACAGGUGAGGACCCUUCAGCUCAGGCCCCAGUCCCGGCUCAGCUGGUUCUGGAGGUGGGGACUCCUGUGCAGGCUGGGAUUCCUCAGGUUCAGCCUCCGAGUCCAAAUCCCAGGCCAUCACACCUCUUCUCACAUAUCCUUCUGUUCCUGGUCUGUCCGCCUGCCUUUCUCUCUCACACACACCAGGCUGUGUGGUCUCAGAAAAUGCCAGCCUCAGCCUCCUGCAAUUGCUCCACUCAACACUGCUGCUCUCUGAUUUCUCUCUCACCUUCUUUGCCCUCUCUGGGGCAUAUGCUGAAAGCUGGAGCCUUAAUCUAUCCAGGCUGCCAUGCCAGUGCUUGCUAUUCUUUCUGCCCGUCUGCCACUUAAACUAUGCUACGUCCUGGCAAGCUCUGGAAGUUGUCACCCUGCGAUACCCGGAGUGCUGCCAACAUUCCUGUGCCUACUUCCAUUAUCUCCGCUUCUUUUCAUGCCAGCCUCUCCUCCCUCCCUCCCUGGCUGCCCAGGGCACUUGCUGUAAGCAGAAGUCCUAGAAUGGCUGAAACAACUUGCCUGCCAACUCUACCCCUUCCUUCCUUGCCGCUGCCCAGUUCAAUAAGAGCCUCUCUCUUUGGGCUCCCAGGCUGCCUGCCUGGAGAACAAAGGCUGUGACCUCAUCCUGACAUUUUCUGAUGUAGACAGUGGCUUUUGUGACAUCAUCCUGGUGUUGCUCACCUGAAGCAGGAACAGGUGGUCCCCUCCCACAGCUGCUGUCCUUCUGGCAGAAAAACAAGAAAAAUGUUAUGCCCCAAUACCUGCACAUUGUUGUCACUGCCAUUACUUAUUAUUUACUCACUAUACAACUAAUCCAGAAUGCGGCAGCCAGACUGGUGACUGGGAGUGGCCGCCAUAUAACACCAGCCCUGAAAGGCCUACAUUGGCUCCCAGUACAUUUCUGAGCAUGAUUCAAAGUGUUGGUGCUGACCUUUAAAGCCCUAAAUGGCCUCGGCCCAGUAUACCUGAAGGAGCAUCUCCACCCCCAUCGUUCUGCCCGGACACUGAGGUCCAGCUCCAAGGGCCUUCUGGCGGUUCCCUCAAUGUGAGAAGUGAGGUUACAGGGAACCAGGCAAAGGGCCUUCUCAGUGGUGGUGCCCACCCUGUGGAACGCCCUCCCAUCAGAUGUCAAGGAAAUAAACAACUGUCUGACUUUUAGAAGACAUCUGAAGGCAACCCUGUUUAGGGAAGUUUUUAAUGUUUGAUGUUUUACUGUGUUUUUAAUAUUCUGUUGGGAACUGCCCAGAGUAACUGGGGAAGCCCAGCCAGAUGGGUGGGGUAUAAAUAACAAAAUUACUGUUGUUGUUGUUGUUGUAUUUGAUUUCUUUCCCAUCAGUGGUGGAGAAUCUGCCUUGCAAGCAGAAGAUUUCAGGUUCCAUCCCCAGUGUCUCUGGGUACAUCUGGGAGAGAGCCCUGUUUGAAACCCUGGAGAGUUGAGCCUUCUUCUCUUGGGGGUCCCCCAGUUUGUGCCACUCACCAUUCCUCUGUGUCCAAGCCAGUCCAUGACAGACGCUUCCAAACUGUUGCUAUUUUCAGGAAGGAAUCAAUAACGUCCUAGCAAAUUCAGGUUGUGAAUUUCUAGUCGAUUGGGAGGCCCUGUGCAAUAGACUCAGUUCUCCAAAAAGAUCAGACUUCCUGCAAUAUGGAAAGUGACACAAAAAUGCACCGGAAAGUAUUUAUAUUUAUUUAUUUUAUUUAUACCCUGCCCAUCUGGCUGGGUUUCCCCAGCCACUCUGGGCGGCUCUCAACAGAAUUAAAAGGACUACAGAGUGGGAUGGAAAAGGAUACCUUCCUGCAUCCCUAUGGACAACCUUCUUUUUCAUAUAUACAUUUAUUUAUUUAAUUUUACAUAAUAGUUAUACAUAACAAACAUAUCAAUUCAAACAAACAACAUCAGCAACAAAGAACACAAAAGGUUAUCUCAAACCUUCAGACCUCCAUCUACCCCUCCAUGGCUUCCAUUUUUAUAAUUUUGUUCCUGCAUCUUUUCCUGUAAUCUAUCUACUGUUAUAAUGGUAUGGGGUUGCUCGGGCGUAAGUUGCCGCCUCUCCUGGCUAGGUUGCCUUGUUAAACCUUUCUGUCUGGACAGCCCUUCAAUUCGUGGCUGCCUCAGUCGCUAGCAGAAUCCGUCAGUGGGCGUUUCUUAAACCUUUUCCAACAUAAAAGUUGUUUGACACCCAGUCUCCUCCUACUUUCUCUGCGCGGAAGUCUUCUGCGCAGGGAGGGCGUGGGUAGCGGAGGACCAGUGCUCUCCCCGCUGGUGUCUGGUGAAGAGUCUGGGAGCCCUCUCUCCGAUUCCCCCAUCUGCCCCUCCUUAUUCCUGGUGUUGCACUGAAUUGCUUCCCCAUCUGCUGAGCUGCCUCUCUCCCUGCUGGGCCCUUCUCCAGCAUCAUCAGAGAGCCUUCCCUCCACCUCUAGCUCCGAUGUCAGUUCCCUGACAACUGUAAUAAUAAAUGUCCAUAAUAUCCAAUUUACUGUAAUCUACUUAAUAAUAAAUGUCCAUAAUAUCCAAAGCCCACAUUUCUUUUCAAGUGUUUUUUAUAUUCCUGCUACUGAUUUUAACCGUUUACAGUGAUCUCUCAAAUAUGUUUUAAAGUCAUCCCAGUCCUUAAUAAAGAUUUGGUCUUCCUGAUUUCUGAUCUUUCCUGUCAUUUUUGCCAUUUCGGCAUAUUCCAUCAACUUGGUCUGCCAUUCAUCUUUGUCUUCUUUCCAUCUCUGGGCUGAGAGCAUCUGUGCUGCUGUCGCCGCAUACAUAAAAAUAAAUUUCUUAUCUUUUGGUAAUUCUGCACCUAUAAUUCCUAAUAAAAAAAGCUUCUGGUUUUUUAACAAAAGUUAUGUCAAACAUUUUUUCCCCAAUUCAUUAUAUAUCAAUUCCUAUGAACAACUUUCUUAAGCAUUUUUCUUAUAUAAAAAUUUUUUUGCAGGGGGAGAGCGUCAGUAGGUGACAGAGCAUCGGACAGCAUUAAUCAGCCUCCAACUCGCGUGAAGCUCACAGUGGAGAUCCAAAAAGAUGUGCUACUUGGACAUUAUGGCUUUGAAGUUUCUCAGCAUCUUCCCCUUCUUAUCACCUCAGUUGCUGCAGGUAGGGAUGAUAUCUCUCUAAGGUAACACCAAAUGGCAUGCAAUGAUGACAGGGGGAUGGGGGGGCAGGAAUGAAUCACACAGAGUAGGCAAAGUUACCGUAUUUUUCGCUCCAUAAGACGCACUUUUUCCCUCCUAAAAACUAAGGGAAAAUGUGUGUGCGUCUUAUGGAGCAAAUGCGGGGGGGAGGCAGGCAGGAAAAGCCCCCAAGAGCCGCACACAAGCUCCGCGCGGCUCUUGCGGGCUUUUCCCCAGGAGGGAGAAGGGAUUGACGCGGCCAGUCAGUCCCUUCUCCCUCCUCGUAGAAAAGCCCGCAGGAGCCGUGCGCUCCGUAAAGGGUGCACAGCUCCUGUGGGCUUUUGCGGGGGUAUUGCCAUAGCCACGCGCAGCCCCCCUUCUAUGGCAGAAGCUGAGACAGCGAGGGGGAUGGAUCCCGCUCGCUGUCUUGGCUUCUUUGCUCUUUGGGGCUGGGGGGGGGGGGGAAUAAGAUUUUUUUUCUUGAUUUCCUCCUCUAAAAACUGGUGCGCCUUAUGGUCCAGUGCGCCUCAUGGAGCGAAAAAUGCGGUAACUCUGUAUUCGAAGAAACAAGGUCUGCUCAGGAGCGCCAGGUCUAAUGAGCACAGCAAAUUAUUUAAACUUUUCAGAUACAUACAUUUCACUGAUGUUACAUUCAUUUUGACAUUUUAAAACUUGACUUCCUUCCCCCCUCUUUCUGCAGUUCCUUAAAUUUAUUUUCAAUUUCCUCUGCAUAUCCAAAUUAACUUUACUUACUCAUUUAUUUAUCAUUCAUAUAUUCUUCUUUCUUCUUUGGCGAUCACUCGUAGCAGAGUAAGAUUGUCUUCCAUAAACACGGUUUUAACAAUGAGUCCGUAAGUGACUGUGGAGGCCAAUUCAUGGACCCAUAAGUCCUUCCACAGUGGGGACAUAGGUUUCUGGGAGGGAGUUGAUCACGAUGUGGAUUUGCCAAGCGUGCCUUCCUCUUAACACGUUUCUGCCUUGCGUUCUGAGUUCGAGUGUCUUCAAAGUCCAUGACACCUUUGGUAAAAGCUGUUCAUAUAUAUAUGUUCACACACACACACACACACACACACUUAUAUAGCUGCAGGUUAUUACAACAAUCCCGCCAAUGUUUUUAUCUGUUUACAAUUUAUCUAUAAAUAUUCAAUAAACCAUUAACAUUCGUUUAUAAAAAGUUUGUUAUCCUGAUUUCUUAUUCUUCCGGUAAGUUUUGCCAUUUUUGUAUAUUCCAUAAGUUUUUUUAUCAUUCUUCCUUUGCUGGGACUACUACUUUCCAUUUUUGGGAACAGCAGCUCUUCGUCAUAGGUCUUGCCCCUAUGUCACAGUUGUAGAGACUUAAGGUGCCCAGCUUCACGCAACUGCCUGAAUCUCCUCCUUCUCGGGUCCUUCCCAAGCAAUCUGAGACUACACCGAUGUGCCUGUCUCUGCUCCUCUCUCUUCAUACCUCUUCUGGUUCUGGGAGACCGAGGAGAGGGGAACUUGUUGCAGCAAGAAGGGGACACACCCAGCAUGAUUCAUCUCCUGCUUCUAAGGAGGAGCACUACCAUUCCUUCCUGAGCUGACUAGGGUGGGAUGGAGUCACUCAAUGGUGGAGUUACAGCUCUUUGGGUAACUUUGGUUUGCAUUUUCAUGUUGUAAGAUGUCUGAAGUGAGGCUCCAGCUUUCUGCAAUUCAAGUUGAUUUUGUAAACCCGGAGAGAUAAUUUGUCCCUAACAAGGCCCUGACAUUUUACAGGCAGCACCGCUGACGGGAAGCUUUUGCCGGGGGAUCACAUCAUUGCAAUAAACAACAAAGCAGCUGAAGAGGACGUUACCGGGGAACAAGCAGCCGCUCUUUUAAGGUGCUAUGCGUGAACAUGCCCAAAGCAUUAGAUAAUGCAGCUGGGCUCCAGGAAAAGCUUAGGUUCUCUCUUUUUAUAUAUAUAAAUUCAUUUAUUUGAUUUUUCAGAUUAAAGUUUUACAAUCGCAUAUACAACAUAAAAACAAGAUUCGAAAGAAUCACCUGGACUUCCCUCCUCCCUUUUGUGGGUCCUAUUGUUAAUCAUUUCCUCCUGCAUCUUUUAUAAACAUCCAAAUCUUUUACAUCUCAUGUCCAAAAUUCACCAUUAAACUGCAAGUGUUAUUCCAAUCCUACUAACGAUUUUAACUGUUUACAAUGGUUUUUAAGGUAAAUUAUAAAUUUCCCUUUAGGGACAUGGGUGGCACUGUGGGUUAAGCCACAGAGCCUAGGACUUGCCGAUCAGAAGGUCGGCGGUUCAAAUCCCCGCCACGGGGUGAGCUCCCGUUGCUCGGUCCCAGCUCCUGCCAACCUAGCAGUUCAAAAGCACGCCAGUGCAAGUAGAUAAAUAGCUACCAAGUAGGGCUCACUUCAUUCCGGUAUUUUUUUUGUGGGUUUAUUCUACAAUGCGGGUGGCACUGUUGGUUAAACCACAGAGCCUAGGCCUUGCUGAUCAGCAGGUCAGCAGUUUGAAUCCCCACGACGGGGUGAGCUCCCAUUGUUCGGUCCCUGCUCCUGCCAACCUAGCAGUUCGAAAGCACGUCAAAGUGCAAGUAGAUCAAUAGGUACCACUCUGGUGGGAAGGUAAACGGCGUUUCCGUGCGCUGCUCUGGUUCGCCAGAAGCGGCUUAGUCAUGCUGGCCACAUGACCCGGAAGCUGUACGCCGGCUCCCUCGGCCAAUAAAGCGAGAUGAGCGCUGCAACCCCAGAGUCGGUCACGACUGGACCUAAUGGUCAGGGGUCCCGUUACCUUUACCUAUAAAUUUCCCCCAUUCCUGAUUAAAAUUUUGGUCUUCCUGGUUUCUGAUUCUUCCGGUCAGUUUUUGCCAUUUCAGCAUAAUCCAUCAACUUAAUCUGCCAUUCCUCUCUGGUAGGGAGAGGGACAGCUUAGGUUCUCACCAGAGAUUUGUGCUAGCUUAGACAGGGUUUGGGUAUCCCAAGGAGGAUCCAAAUUUUUCUGUGGCAUCUCCUAACCAUGUUCAAUCAAGAGUUACUUAUUUCUGAAGUCCCAUGGUGUCACGGUCCGGUUCACGGGUGAUCGAAGUCCCGGCAGGGGACGUCAGGACUGGGGGCAAGAUGGUGGGGUGGGAACAGGAACAGGGGUCCAGAAGCCAGGAGUCAGGAAACCAGGAGAGCUGGGAGUCAAGAAGCUAAGGUCCGAGGGUCAGGAAGCAAGGAGUCAUGAAGUCAAGGGUCUGAGGACCAAGAAGCAAGGAGUCAAGGAACCAAACCCAGCAAGGGAGGGAACACGUUGCUGUGGCAAAGAGCUGAAGGGAAAAGCUGACCUUAUAUCCCUUCCCAGCUCUUGCCACCAGGUGCUGUGAGUUACCUCAACUGUGAGGCCGCACCUUGCCUCUUCAGAACAAACUUAGGAAGGCCCCAAUCCUGGUCACAGGGGCUGGCUUCUGCACGCAUACCUGACACAUGGCACUUUACAGAAUACAGUGGUACCUCGGGUUAAGUACUUAAUUCGUUCCGGAGGUCCGUUCUUAACCUGAAGCACCACUUUAGCUAAUGGGGCCUCCUGCUGCUGCCGUGCCACUGGAGCACAAUUUCUGUUCUCAUCCUGAAGCAAAGUUCUUAACCCAAGGUAAUAUUUCUGGGUUAGCGGAGUCUGUAACCUGAAGCGUAUGUAACCCAAGGUACCACUGUACAAGUCAUAUGGUGUUUGAGAUGGCAGUGAAGCGUCCAGACAUUGGGGAGACAGUUGGAGAUGCAGGACUUGAAUGAGAAAGACAGUUUAAAAGUAGAGCAAUAGAGGUGACUUGGGUGUCAUCUGUGUGGUGCUGAUGGUCUAAACCACUGAGCCUCUUGGACUUGCCGAUCGGAAGGUCGGUGGUUCGAAUCCCCACAACAGGGUGAGCUCCCAUUGCUCUGUCCCAGCUCCUGCCAACCUAGCAGUUUGAAAGCACUCCAGUGCAAGUAGAUAAACAGGUAACACUGCGGCGGGAAAGUAAAUGGCAUUUCUGUGCACUCUGGUUUCCUUCCCGGUGUCCCGUUGCACCAGAAGCGGUUUAGUCAUGCUGGCCACAUGACCUAGAAAGCUGUCUGUGGACGAACGCCAGCAGCCUGAAAGCGAGAUGAGCGCCACAACCCCAUAGUCGCCUUUGACUGGACUUAACCAUCCAGGGGUCCUUUACCUUUUUACCUUUUACCAUCUGUGUAUAAGUGGUACUGAAAGCAAUGGGGUCUGGGUGAAGUCAGUAACUCAUACAGUGGUACCUCGGGUUAAGUACUUAAUUCGUUCCAGAGGUCCGUUCUUAACCUGAAACUGUUCUUAACCUGAAGCACCACUUUAACUAAUGGGGCCUCCCGCUGCCGCCAUGCCGCUGGAGCACGAUUUCUGUUCUCACCCUGAAGCAAAGUUCUUAACCUGAAGCACUAUUUCUGGGUUAACAGAGUCUGUAACCUGAAGCGUAUCUAACCCAAGGUACCACUGUAGUACGUCUUUAGAUAAAAGGUAGUUUUGCUACUAUCCAGGGUAUGUAUUAUCUCCCUUGUGGAAACAGCGGUUGUAUAUUUUCAUUUUCUUUUCUUUUCUUUUCUUUUUUGCAUUACAGGGAAUCAGAAGACACUCUCCAGUUUACAGUUCUCCGAUGCACCUUGGUAAAUUGCCUUCAUGUACCACUGGGGUUUGAAAUGCUCCCUGGGGGGUCAGGGUUUGGCCUCCUGGUGGGUGUGCGCAAACGAGAUGCUCCCGGAGGUAAUCUUAAGAGUUACAAAGGAUGGGUAGGGGGAGAUGUCCCUGAGACUAGGGAACAUGCACUUUUUGCAGCUCUGGAGAGGCCACACACAUCAGUGGCGGACAUUUUGCCCUCAACGUACUGUUGCUGCCAUCCUGGCAUUAGUGCAACAUUAUGGACAGAGGUUUGACGACCCAUUGCAUGCCAACAUGUGUGACCGUAUCCUGUUGACAGCCUGUCAAGAUAAAGAUAAGCUGCUUCCAGGGGGCAGCUAGGGGGUAAAGAAAAGCAGGCACAAGGUGGUGCUUAACCCUUGCCCUCCUGCUGUUUCCCGUUCCAAAUCACUCUCCAAAUAUGUUUUCCUGCAUUUAGAACCCUCCCGUGAGAAUAGCCAUACGAGUGGGGUCCACUUUGGUGCCCAGUGAAGACUUUCUCAUUCGCUCUGAUGUUUUCAUUGUGUUUUAAUUCUGAGCUCUUUUGGGGGGGUUUUCCAGUUUUUCAAAUUUUAUUUAUACUUUUCAAGUUUAUACAUUUCACUAGUUUUAUACAUUUCCCUAAUUUUACAAUCAUUUUAACAUUUCAAAACUGGACUUCCUUCCCCCUCUUUCUGCCGUUCCUUAAAUUUAUUUUUAAUCUCCUCUGCAUAUCCAAAUUCACUCAAUUUGCUCAUUUAUUCACCUGCUUUAAAUGCAGACUCUUAUAGAAACUGCAGGUGAUUGCAAUAAUCCAUUCAAUCUGAUCUGUUUUACUCUGUCUCCAUUGUAACUUGGAUAUUGCCCCAGCUUUUUGGUGGGUUUUAAUGACGACAUUUCACAUUUUGAGCAUGGUUUUAUUUUGUUUUGUUUUGUAAGCCACUUAUUUAUUUAUUUCUGGGUCAGGAUGCACAUUCAGUCAAUAAAUCUGGAGCAAUUCAAAGAGCGAAAGCGUUGUCUCCCACUCCACACAUUUCUCCAUUUCUGAUCCGCCCCCUCCCUGCAAGCAGUUUUUUAAAACAGCAACAACAACAGAUCAUUAGGCUACCAUUUCUCUGCAUUGGGUUGUCGUAGGCAAAUGAAAAGGAAGUCCUUAAAGUGCUCUUUGUGAAGUUCCCAGAGGCGUCAGGUGAGCUGUUGCAGGAAAGAAUGCUGGUCAAAAUGGAUGCUUGACCGGAUCCAGCAGGACUAUUUUUAAUGGCUUGAUAGCAGAGGCGGAGCUAGCUGCUCCAGCACCUGGAGCCGCACACAUGCUGUGAUCCCAGGGGCGGGGCAAGCCGCCCACAGGGAGGUCGGGGUGAGAGUCCCAGGGGGGCGCAGAAGCGUGCGUCCCAGAGAUGGAGCCGCCCAUGGCGGGCUGCUUCCUGGGGAUGAGUGAAGGGAGCCGCACCGCUUUGCCAGCAGCCUUCCUCCCUUCCCUCUUCCUUUUGACAGCUCGGGGGAGGCUCCCGCUGUUGGCAUGCAACCAAGGAAAUGGGGGCAAUUGGCAGGCCCCCAGCUGGCUCCAGCCCAUCGGCCGGUGUGCCAGGCGGACUCCAGUCCUUGGUGCGGCAUGAAUCUGUGACCUGACCUUCAGAAGCUAGGGCACACUAAGCAGAGUAAACUCUGCACAAACAGAAGAGGCUGUGUGAGUAUAUUUACAGGCAGUUUAUUCAGUGUACAUCAGGGCAAAAGGAAACAUGUCUGAUCUCCUUUGUGUCCAAAGCAAAACGGCUAAAGCAAAAGCUAUAGACAAAUGGAAGUUCCCAGCAUACUGUGCUGGAAUGUAAACAGACAUGUGACACACAACAAUCAUGCCUGUUCCUUAAGGUGAAAUGGAAUAUCCCAACACCCCCCACCCCAGGAAGCAGCCUGGGAGUGGGGGGCAAUGGCGCGCCACCCGCCUGCGACUCCCAACCUCCCCUGAGCUGUCAAAACGAAGGGGAGAAGGCCGUCGGCAAAGCCGCCCCUUCCCCCAAUGGAUUGGGGUAGGCUUGGGAGCCAAAUGUCACCCCCCCCCUCAGUGAUGACAACCGGGGCAGACCACCCCCACCAGUGGGGCGAGAGCCAGUGUGGUGUAGUGGUUAAGAGCGGUAGACCCGUAAUCUGGUGAACCGGGUUCGCGUCUCCGCUCCUCCACAUGCAGCUGCUGGGUGACAUUGGGCCAGUCACACUUCUCUGAAGUCUCUCAGCCUCACUCACCUCACAGAGUGUUUGUUGUGGGGGAGGAAGGGAAAGGAGAUUGUUAGCCGCUUUGAGACUCCUUUGGGUAGUGAUAAAGCGGGAUAUCAAAUCCAAACUCUUCUGCUGCUGCUGCUCCUUAGGUGAGAUUGCGAAAAUCGUGAUGAUGUCGAACCGACAGGGUUUGUUGUCAUGUUGCCAUGUUGCUGUCAGGGUGUUGUACUUUGCAAACCCAAUGCCAUUGUCUUUGCAGGGUGGCCCUAAAUCCUCCUUUCUUACAGCCGAGAAAAGAGCCAGGCUAAAGACGAAUCCCGUCAAAGUCCGCUUUGCAGAGGAAGUAGUCGUGAACGGACAUACUCAGGUAUGUGCCAACGCGGCCAUUAUGCCGGAAGAAACAGCCUUGGAGCAAUGGUCAGAUUGUCAAAAUACGUAUGCAGGGAGGUUGUCAGUCAUUAACAUCACGAAGGCACCUUGUUGGCUGCCCCUGCACUGGGCUAGUGGAAUUGAAAGUUGUGCUGAUAACCAGUUUAAGGAUAGCUCAGUUGGUUAGAGCAUGGUGCUCAUAACACCAAGGUUGCAGGUUCAAUCCCUGUAUGGGACAGCCGAAUAUUCCUGUAUUGCAGUGGGUUGGACUAGAUGAUUUUCAGGGUCCCUUCUAACUUAGCUGACUAGUUAUUGUUGGUUUCUAUUUCCUUCACUGAGCAGCAACUGCUGUCAUGAGACAGGUGUUUACAUUCCACAGUCUGUACUGUUGGAGUUUCUCACGGGAAAGGGAGACUGGAUGUGACGUACACUGGUUUCCUGUUUUUUCACUGUGUGAUUCUCUCCGAGCUGUGAAGGAGAGAGGAUGCAUUUUUCUGCUCUUGCAGAGGCAAGAUGUCUUUCUGUAAUAUACCAGCUUUGAACUGUAAAUAAAGCUAUAUGGAGUAUGGAGCACGUAUUCUCAUCCUUCCGCUGGGCACGACAGACUCUGCUUUAAAUCAACACGUGGUUAUGGACUCCAGAGGUCGAAUCGGAGUGCCGGCAAAGGAUCGGAAUGCAGAGGGAGGACGGAUCGGAAAGGAAUCUGCUCUGCGCGUAGAAGUGAUUGAUGAGGUAUGUGCUACUGCUCCGGGCAGCCUGCCAGCUUCAAGUUAAUGGCUUUAUGGCUGGACUUUGAACUUUUAAAGCCGGUUUUGCCGGUAAUAGGCAAAAGGCUCCCAGGCACAAGUCACUAUGCUGGGGAAAUCGAAAGUAACUUUUAAGUGUGCCUUUGUAAUGAGGCAGCUGCAGCAGUGACGCAGCAAGAUUUAAAGCAGCACAGAUAUGACGCUGAAGGCUAAUGCCAGAGUCAUGAUGGCCCUUCAGGAUGCUUGUGGGAUUCCUAAGCUCAACAAGAAGAAUUAUAGCGACUGGGUUCAGUAUGCAGAGGCAAUUCUGCGGAAAGAGGGUGUGUUUGAGGUGAUUACAGGCACCCCCCCAGUUCCAGUUACAGAUGCAUGGGAGGCUAAGGAUUCCAAAGCAAGGGGAACUCUUACAUUGAUAGUAUCCCCAGAAGAGCUCUGUCUAUUGCGUGAUAAGACCUCAGCCAGAGAAAUUUGGGACGCUCUGAGAGAGGCUCACUUAAGGACAGAAGCUGGAUCCACUAUGUUUUAUUUUAACAAGCUGCAUAAUAUGGCUCUUGCUGAAGGUGGAGAUGUGCGUUUACAUCUGAUGCAGAUGCAAAAUCUGAGGCAUGAGCUGCAACAGAGAGGACUCAACUUUCCAGAGGCUGUGUAUUCUUUCAUGAUACUACAAUCUUUGGGUUCAGGUUGGGAGUCUGUUGCAACCCAGAUUGCUGUGCAACCAACUGCUCAGCUGACAGUGGACUUUGUUACUGCCGUGAUUUUAAAUGAAGCAGAUCGCCGGGGUGCUAGCUGCAUGGGCAAGGGAGAGUCUUCACAGACGUCAUCCCAUAGUGCAGUGGAACCACCAGAUGGCGCCAAAGCUUUGAAGGCAGUCAAAUGCUACUCGUGUGGACGUCUAGGCCAUAUGAAGAGGGAAUGCAGACAUCCCAGGGCCAAGACAGAGCAGCGCAGCGAAAGCUCAUCGCGCGGAAAAGGCCGAGGCAAAGGCAAAGGUCCGGUGUCUAGGACAACGCAGCACAAGGCUAUGGUUUCACGCUUCACUCCAAAGGUUGCAGAGGUCCAGAAGACGUCUAGAUCUUUCUUCGUUGUUGAUUCAGCGGCGACCCACCACAUGUGCAACGAUAAGAAACUGUUUGUGUCUUUUACACCGCAGGAAGGUGCGAUUCACCAGGCGGAUGACCACACUGUUCCCAGUAAAGGCUACGGAACUGUUGUUCUUCACAGUUUGGACUUAUCGAUACAGAAUGUGCUUUACGUGCCAGACGCCAAACAUAAUCUGCUCAGCGUUGGACAGCUGAAUGAGCGGAACAUUGACGUUUCCUUCAAGAACAAGAAGUGCAUCAUCACAAAGAAAAAUGAUUAUGUAUUGCAUGCAGAAUAUGUUGAUCAUUUGUUUGUUUUGUAUUAUGAUGAUGUGAUGCAGGAUGACACUUGUUGCAUUGCAGGUUCUAACAAAAGUUUGCAUGCAGAAUGUAUUCACGAUUUUCAUCGCAAAUUUGGUCAUUUGAAUUUUGAGGCAGUAUCUAAAAUGUCUGCCUUGGUUGAAGGUAUGACUAUUAAACCCUGCAGGUACCACAUGAAGUGCAAAGCAUGCGCAGCAAACAAGGUGAAAAUGGCUGCGAAAGGUAAGGUGUCUAGUAGGAAAGCUACAGAACCAUACCAGGUCGUUCAUGCUGAUUUGGUUGGACCAUUAACGCCCUCUUUGGGUGGAAAUAGAUACUUCAUGGUUCUCAUUGAUGCAUUUUCUAGAUAUAUUUUUGUGUACAAUCUCAAGCAGAAAUCGGAGGCUUUUCCUAGGUUCAAGGAAUUCUGUGCUUGGUUGGAAAAUGUGCAUGGUAAGAAGAUAAAGACUCUUUUCAGUGAUCGCGGGGGAAUUCACUUCUCAGCAGUUUGAAGCUUUUCUGACUGAGAAAGGAAUUCAACACGAUUUGUCUAGUCCUCGCUCGCCAUGGCAGAAUGGACUUGCGGAACGGGCAAAUCAGACAUUGCUUCAAGGGUUAAAGACCUUGCUGCAUGAUGCCAAUCUUCCAGAGAGUUAUUGGGCCGAAUCUCUCUCGUGUUUUGUUUACAGUUACAAUCGCAGGCUAUCUUCAGCGAUUGGAUGUACCCCCUAUGAGAAGAUGUUUGGCAAGAAGCCAUACAUCAAACACAUGAAGAUUUUUGGUUCUGACAUGUGGGUUCGCUCACCACAAAACUCCAAGUUAGACAAGCGUGGAUUGCAUGGUAUCUUUCUAGGUUAUCAGAAAGGGUCUUACAGAAUAAUGAUGACUGACUCUAAGACAAUUAAGCUCACGAGAAGUGUUGAGUACAAUGCAAAGUGGGGGAGAAUGUGGGAAUUUUCCAAUGUUAUCCUGAUGACGGUGAUGAGACUGAGGAUAGUCAAAAGCAACCACAACAGCCCACACCCACUGAUGAAGGUUCUGAGUCUGAAUCUGAAACUGAAUCGGGUGAUUCAGAGGAUUUCAAGAGUGCGAAAGCCUCUGUGCGACCCUCUGAAAGCUCUGAUCAAGAAUCGGAGGAACCAUUGUUCACAAUAGGUCGUUUUUCUCCUAAGAAGGAAGAGGAGAGUGUUGAAGACUUAAGGCUAAUUCGUAGGUCACAGAGAGCCACAAAAGGCAAACCUCCAAAGAGAUUUGCUGAUGAGUUUGCUAAGAUAGCAGUAACAGCUGUUAAAAGCUCCAAGAAGGUAUUUGAACCUUCAAGUUUCCAAGAAAUCCAGGGUUUGGAUUCAAAGGAAGCUGAGCCAUGGUUAAAUGCCAUGAAGGCUGAGCUUGAUUCCUUAGAAAGGAACAAAACAUGGGAGCUAGUUCCAGUAGUUCCAGGAAUGAAACUGCUUGGAAGCAAAUGGGUCUUCAAAGCGAAGACAGAUCAAAAUGGCAAGAUAGUCAGACACAAAGCCAGAUUGGUAGCCAGAGGUUUUGCACAGGUACCAGGUCAAGACUAUCACGAGACCUAUUCACCCACAGUGAGAUAUGAAAGCAUUAGGCUUAUGCUCAAGCUAGCUGCAGAGGAAAAUCUACACAUUAGUCACCAUGAUAUUAAUACAGCUUUUCUGUACGGAUCUCUAGAUGAAUCACUUUAUAUGCUUCCACCUGAUGGCGUACAGGUAAAACAGGGAUUUGUUUGUGCUCUGAAGAAAUCCCUUUAUGGUCUCAAACAAAGUGCACGGUGUUGGCACACAAAACUCACUGAAGUAUUGUUUUCUCUAGGUUUUCAGCAAGGGAAAGCUGAUCCAUGUGUAUUUGUCAAAGAGGAGGGGCAAAAGAAACUGUACUGUUUGUUUUAUGUUGAUGAUUUAUUAUUCUUUUGGAAAGAUGUUGCAAUGUACAAUAACGCCCUAGCUCAACUGAAGGAGCACUUUAACAUGAAAGAUCUUGGUGAGGUAAACAACUACCUAUCUCUGGAAAUAGAGAAAGAUCAAGAUGGUAACAUUCUAGUACACCAGUCACGGAAAAUUGCUGAUGUGUUAAGCAAACUAAAUCUGAUGGAUGCUAACCCUGUAGACACACCGAUGACAACAGGUUAUCAGGUAGAUGACACUGAAGAAGCAUUUUCUGACACUACACUGUACAGGAGUGUGCUAGGCAAGCUAAACUUCAUUGCCAGAUGUUCAAGACCAGACAUUGCUGUUAGCUGUAAUUUGCUAAGCAGACAAGUCAACAAUCCUAGUGUCAAGGAUUGGAAAGCUCUGAAACGCAUAGCGCGGUAUUUGAAAGGCACUAUGCAUUACAGACUGAGAUUUAACAAUCAGAAGUCUGGUGGUCUUGAGAUAUUUGCAGAUGCAAGUUUUGGAAGUGACGCUACAGACAGGAAAAGUACGUCUGGAGUUUGCUACAUGUACAAUCAGAGUCUGUUUGAUUGGUCAUGCAAGAAGCAAACAACAGUUAGCUUAAGUACUUGUGAAGCUGAACUGAAUGCACUGUCUUAUUCACUUAAGGAUUGUGAAUGGUUAGUACAAUUGUGCAAAGAUAUGAAAAUUCCUGUCAAAUGUCCAAUCCAGGUUUACCAGGACAACAAAGCAUGUUUGGCUUUGCUGAAGUCUGAAGGUUGUAAGCAAAGCACAAAGCACUUGCAAUUAAAGUUGCAGCAUGCUAGGGAAUGUAUUCAGAAGGGACUCGUAACGGUGUCCUAUAUGCCAGGUAAUGAAAUUCCUGCUGAUGUAUUGUCCAAGAUUGUAUCGAGGGAUCAACACUGUACCUAUGUGCAGAAGUUGGGUUUGUACUGAUACUGUACGAACACGCUGCCCAGUGAUGUUCACAGAAAGGGGGGAGGAUGUUGGUUUCUAUUUCCUUCACUGAGCAGCAACUGCUGUCAUGAGACAGGUGUUUACAUUCCACAGUCUGUACUGUUGGAGUUUCUCACGGGAAAGGGAGACUGGAUGUGACGUACACUGGUUUCCUGUUUUUUUCACUGUGUGAUUCUCUCCGAGCUGUGAAGGAGAGAGGAUGCAUUUUUCUGCUCUUGCAGAGGCAAGAUGUCUUUCUGUAAUAUACCAGCUUUGAACUGUAAAUAAAGCUAUAUGGAGUAUGGAGCACGUAUUCUCAUCCUUCCGCUGGGCACGACAGACUCUGCUUUAAAUCAACAGUUAUUGGCCUUGUGACUGGUUUAUUAGUUCUUUAAAUUUAUAUAUUUCUGUGUAUUGCCAAAACCUCCUUGUUUGCGCCCCUCUUUGGCUGUGUACCCGUUACGGUUUACUCCGAAUCCUGUGCGUUUCCACGGCUCAGGUUUUUUUAAUCUGCAGAACUAUCUGUUGAGCAGAUUGAUUUAUUGCUCAGAUAAGCGUCCGGCACGCUUCCCAUCGCGCAGCUCUGGCCGGCAUUCCAAAGUCCACAUUCCUGAGCAAAGCAGAGAUCAACAGCGGCAAGAGAAAGACUGCAAAAAACUCCAGAGCAUUCUUCAGUGUGCUUAAAUAAAGUCCACUCAGGAUCUUAGCAGCUAAAAGCAGUUUUAUUUACAGCAGACUAUCCAUUAUCUAUCACAGCAAACAGCAUCGUGAAAACAUGUCCUCUCUCCUCAAAAGCGAAAGUAGAGAGAAAGAACAAAGGCUUGAGGCUCUCGGAAAUGAUGAACCUCCCCCCUCCCAACAGUAGGCAGAGCGUACACUCUGAGCUGUUUAACCCUGUAAGCUCAGGUUCUCCUCACACUAUCCUGUGGUUUCUUGCAAAAUGCUGCGGUUUGACGCAUUCCAGCCUGCCACACACCAGCUUCAAUCCAACUUGGGUUAGAUCUAAACACAGGAAAAACAGAACAGAAGCAUAACAACCCCACCCCACCCCACCCCACUAAUCACUCCCCCUCCCCGUCUUUCCCCCUCUUUUCAUCCUAGUUGUUUAAACCAAUUAAUGAACCAAUAACUUAAAAAACUGACCACUAAUAAUGAACCAUAUGUUGUAAAUAUUACUCCACAUUUAUUAUGCUGUUUUUGUGAUAUACAAAUGACAUGAGAAAACUUGGUAUACUUAUUUGUAUAACAUUAUUCUUGUUUAUAAAACCAAUAAAAUAAAAUAAAAAUAAACACAGGGAAAACCUCCUAUAAAUAAGUCAGAAAUUAGAUUAUAACCAAAAAAAACAACACUAUGGGAAAUCGUGUUUUAAAAUUUCCUGCUCUCUGGCGCCAUCUGGUGUUGCAUGUUUAUAGCACAUUCAAAUCUUUUUUUCUUUACUAACGUAGCUGAGUUCUUGAAAACUGUAGCAUCUGACUUGAAAACCUUUGAGGUGUGCACACCAAUAAACCAAAGAAACAAACCUGUGCAGAUGCACAGCUUUUCAAGUGGAAAUCCUGGAGGCAUCUUUAUUGGGUACAAGUACAAUAAACGAAAUCUACUGCUCAUUCUUAGAAGGGUUGGGCUUCUUUAAUAGUUUAUUUCCCUACUAUGGUAAAAGAGUACUGAAGUCAGGCAAUUAACCUUUUACUGUUCUUUUAAAAAAGAUUUCCUCUGGUAGAAAAUGGAAACUAAAACUGUUUUACAUUAUUUAGUCCAUUUGUGUGUGUGUGUGGUGAUUGCAAGCUGGCUUGUGUUCAACUGCAGAAAAGCAGGUUAUACUUUCUGGAAUAAAGAGAAAACUUUCUUCCAUAGGUGUUCAGAGCCCACACUUGAAAUAUCCCCAUAUAGAGGAUUGUUUUUCAUCACAAAACCUCUUGGUGCAUGAAUGUACACGGAGCAAGCACUGCAACAGGUUAUUGUAACAAGGAAUGGGAGGUCUGGGAAUGCAGCCCACAGCCCCAUCCAGCCCAAGGAGUAUAAGCUAGAGCAGGGGUAAAGGUAAAGGGACCCCUGACCAUUAGGUCCAGUCGUGAACGACUCUGGGGUUGCGGCGCUCAUCUCGCUUUACUGGCCAAGGGAGCCGGCGUACAGCUUCCGGGUCAUGUGGCCAGCAUGACUAAGCCGCUUCUGACGAACCAGAGCAGCACACGGAAACGCCGUUUACCUCCCCGCCAGAGUGGUACCUAUUUAUCUACUUGCACUUUGACGUGCUUUGGAACUGCUAGGUUGGCAGGAGCAGGGACCGAGCAACGGGAGCUCACCCUGUCGCGGGGAUUCGAACCGCCGACCUUCUGAUUGGCAAGUCCUAGGCUCUGUGGUUUAACCCACAGCGUAGUCAACCUUUUUAUACCUACCGCCCACUAAUGCAUCUUUCUUGAUGUUAAAAUUUUCAGUGCACGGUGGAAGGAGGAUUCAGCUUGUGCUGUAGAACCCCCUACCGCCCACCUAGAAUCCUGAAACGCCCACUAGUGGGCAGUAGGAACCCGGUUGACAACCCCUGAGCUAGAGUAAAGGUACAAAAGGUAAAGGAUCCCUGGACGGUUAAGCCAGUCAUAGGUGACACUGGGGUUGCGGUGCUCAUCCUGCUUUCAGGCUGAGGGAGUCAGCAUUUGUCCACAGACAGCUUUCCAGGUCAUGCAGCCAGCAUGACUAAACUGCUUCUGGCACAACGGGACACCGUGACAGAAAUGCCGUUUACCUUCCCGCCUCAGCGGUACCUAUUUAUCUACUUGCACUGGUGUGCUUUCGAACUGCUAGGUUGGCAGGAGCUGGGACAGAGCAACGGGAGCUCACCCCGUCACGGGGAUUCAAACUGCCGACCUUCUGAUUGGCAAGCCCAGGAGGCUCAGUGGUUUAGACUACAGUACCACCCGCAUCCCCUAUAAGCUAUGGGGGAAAGGGUCACUGCCCCACCAUCAGUCAACUCCAGUUGACUCUGCUUAAUGUUGACCCUGGCUCCACCUACUGUUGACCUCCCAGAAUGCAUGCCCCAAAGGUUAAGGGUGCAGGGAGAAUGACACAUAGUUGUACCCUAUGGCGAUCCCUCUGAGCACAGCCACUGUGGCUGUGCAGGAAAAGAGCACUUCCAAAUAAUUUUAGCAGGUUUUCAAAAACGGCAUAGUAACUUGCUUUUUAAAAAAAUGCAUAUCAGAAUGAUCAGUUUAAAUGAGAACAUUGUUCUGAAACAAAAGUUUUGCUUGGAAAAAGCCCAGAAUUGCUUUCACGCAGCUGAAAUAUGAACCUUCGGUCUGAGGGCAUGAAUUGUUGAUGAGACCAAAUGCUUUUAAAACCUUAAUUUUCCAGGGUAAGUCUUGUUUAUUGCUUUAAGACAAAGCUAUAUGGGAGCACGAGGUCAUCUAAGGAUUUUUUGCAAGGUAAAAAUGAUGAGCUCCGGAUCGGCGUAUACUUUGUCAUGUCCAUUGAAAGUGCACUGCGCAACCUGGGCUUUUGAUUCAACCCAAGACUUCGGUUUCUGCUUACAAAUGAUUUGCCAGUUGCUGUUCUGCUAAAAGGGCUCAAAGGAGACUUAAAACCAAAAUCGCAGAAUAAUAAAACUCAACAGUAAAAUGCUAUUCGGUUGGGAAUUUUAAUAUUGAAGUUUAUUAAUAUUAAAGAAUGGCUGCUAAGAAAUAAUCCACCACGGAUAGCCACAAAAUGUCUUCUGGAAGCCAAAUGGUCAUUGACUGACUGUACAAACUGCUUAAGUAAGUAAACUAGUGCAGGAAUGGACAGCAGUUGCGCAUCAGUUCUGCAUGUACACUAGCGGCCAAAAUUGUGGAAACAUUUUGGGGAAAGUGUAUUUCCGAGGUUUGAUGGCUCAUAACACCACUUUCUUUUUGGAGUAAUAUCAUAAAAUUAUUCAUCAAUGGAAAGAUUUUUUGAUAAUAAUUUCUAUUGAUUUUUCAAAAAAAUACACACAAUUUGCACAUUUAAAUUUUAGAAUAAAGAUUCUACCGAAUCUUUGGACCCCCUCCUGCCCUCUGUAGGUCCUUUAAAUAUCUUAUUCAACUGCAUAUUAUAGUUCCUCCAAAUUAUAAUCCUCCAAAGUCUUUGUAACGUUGCAAGAGUUAUUCAAAGUUUGCCAAAGAAUUGGAAAGAUAAUUUAAUGAAGAAUGUAAAAGUUUGUUCAAUUCUGUCAAAAGUUAUAGUCAAAUAACCAGAAAAAGGAAACACAAAUUGCUUAGGUUGAUAUGCAGUAGCUUGGCUUCAUUUGAAUGUAGCCAAUGAGCAUGAGUGUUUAGAGAGCCAAUCAGGUGUUAAAGGUAAAGGGACCCCUGACCAUUAGGUCCAGUCCUGACCGACUGUGGGGUUGUGGUGCUCAUCUCGCUUUAUUGGCCGAGGGAUCCGGCGUACAGGUGAACCAGAGCAGCACACAGAAACGCCGUUUACCUUCCCGCCAGAGCGGUACCUAUUUAUCUACUUGCACUUUAACGUGCUUUCGAACUGCUAGGUUGGCAGGAGCUGGGACCGAGCAACGGGAGCUCACCCCGUCGCGGGGAUUCAAACCACUGACAUUCUGAUCAGCAAGUCCUAGGCUCUGUGGUUUAACCCACAGCGCCAUGAGCCAUCAAACCUCGGAAAUACACUUUCCCCAAAAGGUUUCCACAAUUUUGGCCACUAGUGUAGAAGGUUCCGGGGUGGGGUGAAAAUGUUCCCUGUCUGAAACACCGGCGAUCUGUUAGCAGUCUUUGUAGACAAUACUGAGGUAGCCAGACGAAUGGUCUGACUUUGAUUCUUUUAUUUAUUUAUUUUUUUGUAUGGCUGUGCACUGCCCUGACCUUUUUUCUGGGAGGACGCUACAGAAAUAUAAGUAAACCACAUUGCACCAAGGGCCUGGAAACUGACGGCGCUUGACCAAAUCACAUCUUCUAGGAUCCUGGCCCCAUGGGGCAAGUAGAACAGAGCGUGCCUGCAUUGGGCAACUCAGCAAAUGAGGGAGCUGCAGUGCCGCAAUUUGACUAACACUUUAAUUUGAUUCUGUUGCUAUAAAACAGUGUGUUCUGGAGAAGGCAAUAAGCUGCCAGAUGUCUGGGAGAUGGCAAAGAGGAUAUUUUCCAUCCGUGGAAAUGGCAGAGAAUCUUUGACAUCUCGCAAACAUGGGUGUUUUGCUUUGUUUGCUAUUGUUACCUUGUGUAUUUUGCGUUUUUAUUUUGUGUUUUUAUGCUGGAAGCCCCCUGUGAUCCUUUGCAUGAAGGGCGGUUUACAAACGUAAUACUUAAAAAUUUAAAAAUGACAUGAGGUGGUGCGCUGCCUCAUGAUAUGUUACUUUGUAAACCCCUUAGAAGCCAAUCUGGCAUAUAAGUAGCAUAUAAAUUAAUACAUAAUACAGUGGUACCUCGGGUUAAGUACUUCAUUCGUUCUGGAGGUUCUUAACCUGAAACUGUUCUUAACCGGAAGCACCACUUUAGCUAAUGGGGCCUUCUGCUGCCGCCGUGCAAUUUCUGUUCCCAUCCUGAAGCAAAGUUCUUAACCCGAGGUAAUAUUUCUGGGUUAGCAGAGUCUGUAACCUGAAGCAUAUGUAACCUGAAGCAUAUGUAACCCGAGGUACCACUGUAUUAUUAUUAUUAUUAAUAAUAAUAAUAAUAGCACCUCAAUUUAAAAUAGGGAUGAGUUAAUAUUGUCAAGGUCACUUCCACUCUGUUUCUCAUUUGAUCUGUCUCAGAUUAAGUUCUCCACAUUUCUGUGUCAAUUUGCAUUUUUUUAAAAAAAGGUCCUGUCAGGGAACUGCCAUCAGUGCCGGAGGGAGAGAGCAAGAUCCAGAGGGAUUCCAGAGAGCGUCCCGGGAUUGGGAGAGGCAGCCCAUCUUCUGGGGAAGAGAAUCAGCAUAGCACCAGUGGAGAAAGGGGGCAGAUGGGGGAAGCGGCGAGGCGGUCCCAUGACUCCUUGCCUGGGACCAGCGGGGAGAGUAGGGGUCCUCCGCUGCCCACGCCCUCCUUGCGCAGAAGGCUUCCACGCAGAGAGAGUAGGAGGAGACUAGGCGUCAAAGAGCUUCUUUGCUGGAAGAAGUUUAAGAAACGCCCACUGACGGAUUCUGCCAGCGAUUGAGACAGCCACGGGUGAGUGGCUGUCCGGACAGAAAAGGUUCACUCGGGCAACCCAGCCAGGUGUUUGCACCGGCUUACGCACGAGCAACCCCUAGAACCGUUACAGGUCCUAACAAAAAUCCAUUAGCAUUUUCCCCCCCAAUAAUUUUUAUUAAAUUUUCCACAAUUGUUACAAAUAUUGCAUCAAACAUUGCACAACCGAAGGUCAAAACAAAACAAAAACAAAAGAAUACAUCAAAGUAAAAAAGAUGACAAACAAACAAUAAAAACGAACUUAUUUGUUUAAAAUCCAACCUUAUGAACAUAUUAAUUGACUUCCUCUAGUAACUCCCUCCUGAGUUUCCUUGUAUCUGAAUGUAAGAGCUUUCCAAUAUCAUUAUUAAACAACAAUAUUCCAAUUAUAAUCAAAUUUAUUCACUUUUCUUAAAAUCCAUUAGCAUUUUUGGGCGAAAUUUUCAUAAUAUGCACAUUUGUAUGCAAUAUUGUCACACAUUUUACACAGCAUUUUUGCCUAAUAUGAUACUGAAUGCUUUUGUACAUUAUUUUCACUGGUGUAGGCAUUUUUUGUACACCAGUCGGGCACAUGCAUUUUUGUACAGGUUACUUGGCUCGGGAAGUGCAUUGCAAAAUUCGCAGCAGUGUGCCUUUUACAGGACGGCUGCGUUUCAGUUUUUGUAUCGUUUUGGAAAGGGCAAAUCUGGCAAGUUCGCUCUUAAAUGAGAACUGAAUCGAAUUCCUAACCCUUCCCUAAUUUAAAUUAAUCCUUGGGCCCUAUUGACUUUGGUGGGCAUUGGGGAUGUAGCAGAUGGGGAAUGUAGCAAUGACAUUCAGUUUGGUUAAAACUUCCUCAUUCACCCCUCUCUAUCCUCCGUCCAGGGAUGCAGGUGGCGCUGUGGGUUAAACCACAGAGCCUAGGACUUGCCGAUCAGAAGGCCAGCGGUUCGAAUCCCCGCAACGGGGUGAGCUCCCGUUGCUCGGUCCUUGCUCCUGUCAAACUAGCAGUUCGAAAGCACGUCAAAGUGCAAGUAGAUAAAUAGGUACCGCUCUGGCGGGAUGAUAAAUGGUGUUUCCGUGUGCUGCUCUGGUUCGCCAGAAGCAGCUUAGUCAUGCUGGCCACAUGACCCGGAAGCUGUACGCCAUCUCCCUCAGCCAAUAAAGCAAGAUGAGUGCCGCAACCCCAGAGUCGGUCACGACUGCACCUAAUGGUCAGGGGUCCCUUUGCCUUUACCUAUCCUCUGUCCAGAUAAGGAAGAGUUGUUAUCAGAGUUCAAGAGCACAUUCCAGCCAGGGAAAACCACUCCAGGUGCAAAGGAAGACCAGUGCAAAGUGUGACCUGGGGAGAGGGAAGAGCUCCGAGAGCCAAAUAGAGAGGUCUGGGGGCCAUAUUCAGGCCCCCAGGUCCGGGGUCCUCGACCCUGGGCUAAGUGAAACUUAUUUUGUAGGUGUGAUAAUAAUUGUAUUAAGAGAUCCCGUUGUUUGCCUUUGGGUCGUAUGUUAUCGCCGAAGAUGACAUGUUCCCGAUAGAUCUGCCAAGCCAGAACACUUGAACCAAAGGAAAACACUGUAUGGCGGCUAGAUGGUGUCUUUUGGUCUUCCAGGGAAGUUCUCUGCUGUGUAUGCCCAACGUUCUCAAGGUGUAUCUGGAAAACGGACAGACGAAAGCUUUCAAGUUUGACUCCAGCACUACUGUCAAGGUACUCUGAGCCGGACCCUAGAUUUUACCUGUUAUGUUUUGAGUUCUAUUAUAUUGCAGAAAGUGCUGGGGCCUGAUGCACAAAUGAACAUUUGGGUAUUGAGAAGUGUCUUGGAAAUAGAAUAUGGAGGUUGCACACACACACACCAGUCUUCAAUGGGUGACUUGUGCCACCCCAGUAAAGCGCCGAGGGCCUUCUGGCGGUUCCCUCAUUGCUAGAAGUGAGGUUAUGGGAAACCAGACAGAGGGCCUUCUCGGUAGUGGCGCCCGCCCUGUGGAACACCCUCCCUUCAGAUGUGAAGGAAAUAAGCAGCUAUCUUAUCUUUAAAAGACAUCUUAAGGCAGCCCUGUUUAGGGAAGUUUUUAAUAUUUAAUGCUGUAUUGUUUUUAACACUUGAUUGGGAGCCGCCCAGAGUGGCUGGGGAAAUAAAUUAUUAUUAUUAUUAUUAUAAAGCACUUCCUACCUGUAUCAAUGCGGGACGCAGGUGGCGCUGUGGGUUAAACCACAGAGCCUAGGACUUGCCGAUCAGAAGGUCGGCGGUUCGAAUCCCCGCGACAGGGUGAGCUUCUGUUGCUCGGUCCCUGCUCCUGCCAACCUAGCAGUUCAAAAGCACAUCAAAGUGCAAGUAGAUAAAUAGGUACCACUCCAGCGGGAAGGUAAACGGCAUUUCCAUGAGCUGCUCUGGUUCGCCAGAAGCGGCUUAGUCAUGCUGGCCACAUGACCCGGAAGCUGUACGCCAGCUCCCUUGGCCAGUAAAGCGAGAUGAGUGCCGCAACCCCAGAGUCGGCCACGGCUGGACCUAAUGGUCAGGGGUCCCUUUACCUUUUUACCUGUAUCAAUAGCCCCAUUCAGGCAAUUUUGCUCCCUCUCCAUGUAACAUUGUGCAAAGGGGUAGCAGAGCUGUGCAUGCUAGUGCCACCCCACUGUCCUGCCUCCUGCCAGCCCUGCCUUCAUGCUAUCCAUGCACUGGGGAAAGAAUUGAUGGGGGGAGUCUGCUGAGCACAGGGUCAUGUGGGUAUCCUACACACAUUCAGUGGGCUUCUCUAUUCAGACGUUCCCCAAUGCAUAGAUAGAGUGCGGGUGGAGCUGGCAGGAGACCAGGUGAUGGGUCUACAGUUGAUGUGUAGGUAGAGAAAUGCCCAACUAGGGCUUAUUUGGUAAGCUUAUAUAGUUUUUAUUUCUUGCUGUUUCUGUAGGAUGCUCUGCCUGGUAGAUUUUGCUGUGGCCAGAUGUGUUUUAUCACAAAAAUCUAUGUCCACCAUCCGGUUAUGCGUGCUUAAAUACCACUGGUUCUUUUUAUUUUUAUAUUUUUUAAUUGAAUUUGUAUGUCGCCUUUCAUCUGAACAUCACAGGGCAGUUCACAACAUACAAAUACAAAAUGGGAACGCAAAAUACAAAAACAAGGCAAGCAUCCAUAACUCUGUGAUGGGUUGUACCCCAUGCUAAUAUCUGUUUUAACCCAUAUGGGCGUGACUUAUUCUCCCCCCCCUCCCCAAAUCAUUAUAAAAUCCCAGUGAAACCCAUGAGAUUUGGGGUGCUUAGUAACCCCUGGAAUUAGACAAUCCAUCGCAAUGGGUAAGCUUUUGUAUCAAGAAACCUGCUGUGCUCUGAAACAUCUCAGAUACAUUUGAAAGGGUAGUUUGCCAAGGAAUUCUCCCCAUGGGUCAGCUCUGCCUCUCGCCCAUUCUGCUGCCAUUAACGGUGCUCCAGAUCUGCCACCCAAGAUGGACGCUUCACGUUGCCUGACGUGUACUCCCAGCUGCGGGAAUAUCCACGCGUAGCCCUAGAUAAUUUACCCAGGGGCAUAGAUUUGCUGCUUAAUUUGUUGCUUUCCCAUCAAUAAUUGGCAGGACAUUAUUCUCACUUUGAAAGAGAAGCUCUCCAUCCGGAGUAUUGGUUAUUUUGCCUUGGUCUUGGAAGAGCAGUACAAUGUGUUGAAGAUGUAUCUUCUGCAUGAGGAUGAACUCAUCGGACAGGUCAGUUGCAGUACUUUUGGUGCUCCCAUCAGCGAAGGGUGGUGGACAAAUGGGAAAAGCAACAGGAAGUACAUUACAGAUUGAUAACUUCCUGUUGCAGGGAGUUUGAUCUACCCUCAAUGCUUUGGCACAAUGGCCCCUCUGAUUUAUUACUCCUAACGAGCUCCUUUACUAAUCCAAGCCUUGGGCUCCAUUCUGAGGGGAAAGGCAGGGCCCAUGUUUAAAUGUUAGUGCAAUUAUUUCAGCUGGAUUUUCAAAAUACAGUGGUACCUCGGCUUUUGAACAUCUCAGAAGUUGAACAUUUCAGUUUUUUAAUGUCUCGGAAGUCGAAAAUUUCGGUUUUCAAAUGCCAAAAACCCGGAAGUAACUGCUUCGGUUUUUGAAUGCUUUUUGGAAGUUGAAUGUGCCACGCGGCUUCCGUAUUGAGUCUUCUGGAAGUAAAUGCUUCGGUUUUCAAAUGUUUCGGAAGUUGAACGGUCUUCCGGAAUGGAUUACGUUCGAAAACUGAGGUACCACUAUACGCAAUUGCCUGUGUUGUAUUGUGAAAUCGCUUUGAGAUACUUCAUCAGAAGAUAUAAAUAAAUGAUUGAUCGUGCUAGUCCGUCUAGACUAGCAGCUACUAAAAGGGGGGGAUGGCUCCUCAGAAUGUGUGGGUUGUGGGUGACUGAGAGCAGCUUCAUUGGAGCCCUACAAAAUGCCAAUUCUCACAAGGAUCUGUUCCUGCUAGCAUUUCAGAAUAGUGUUACAACAGCCAUGCAUUCUGUUUGUCAAAGCAAAUCUCUGGCCCCCUUUCUAGGUGUUGCUGGUGGUGGUAGCUCAUAAGUCCUGACUUUAUCAUAUGUUUGUUUGUUCUUUGACUAAAACACCAUUGGAAUGUCCUUUGAGUCAUAUCAGACUUCAGGUGGACUUCAGGCAAAUGGUCCCCCCCCCCAAUACACUCCAGAUAAUCCUGAUAAAUAUACUGUUCUGCAAAAUCUAUUCCACUUCCACUAUAGACAAGGGAGGUGCGAGGAGCUAAACUGGAUAGUGAAACUCCACCCACUUAGCCCUAAGAUAUCAUAUUCAACAGUUCCCCUGGGGCCAGGUUACCAAAUAGGCAGAAUAGGCACCUGCCUGUGGGCCCCAUUCCUUUUUGGGGCCCCAUGAAAACAGAUCAAAAUAGUAUUGAUUUGAUCUUGAAAGAAAAUGACAAUCAAGCUUUGUUAAAAGAAGAGAAGAAGAAGAGUUUGGAUUUGAUAUCCCGCUUUAUCACUACCCGAAGGAGUCUCAAAGCGGCUAACAAUCUCCUUUCCCUUCCUCCCCCACAACAAACACUCUGUGAGGUGAGUGGGGCUGAGACACUUCAGAGAAGUGUGACUGGCCCAAGGUCACCCAGCAGCUGCAUGUGGAAGAGCGGGGAAUCAAACCCGGUUCCCCAGAUUACGAGUCCAUUGCUCCUAACCACUACACCACACUGGCUCUCUCAAUGUUAUUCCACUAGAGCACACACACAAAUUAAGAAUUGCCCGCACUUUCCCAAGCAACCAUCUUUGCAAACCGUAAGAACUUGCUUAUUACAAAAAUGAGAGUGGACAUUUUCAGGAAGCUGGAUACCAAGCCAAAUCACUGUGUUGUAGCGGUAAUUUUCUUUUUUCUUCAUUUCAGGUAGUUCAGAGGAAAGAGUCUCAUGAUUACCGCUGCCUCUUCAGAGUCUGCUUUAUACCCAGGGAUCCACUGGAUCUGUUGCAGCAAGAUCCAGUUGCCUUUGAGUAUCUCUAUUUGCAGGUGAUGUGGUAAUGCAUCAUGUGUCAGUCUAUAGCCCUGUGUGCCUUGGUUGGGGUUUUUAGCAACACCUAACAGGAACCCAAAAGGUAUUUCUCAAUAUUAUACUUUUGCCACAGCUCUGCUGCUGUCACAUCCCACUGAAGUGCCUGCAUAGAUUAGCAACUGUGCAUCACAUACAUAGCUCAUAGAUCCCACAAAAAUUGUGCUUUUCAUUUUUUUUUAAAUGCAUUUUUAAAACAAGAUCCAAAACACAAUGCACUUGGUAGGAUUUUCAAAUUUGCAGCUCUUGAGAACUUCAGCAUCCAUAUUCAGAUGUGAAUCUGACUCAGAUAAUUUGAUCUAUGAUUUUUUUUUACUUGGAUUUUAUCAAGGAGAAAAACCCAAAGCAUGUAUGUUGUAAAUCUUCACAAAUACAGUAAUAGGAAUAUAAAAGCAAGUACAUAGUAUUUUGUAUUUGUAUAUUCAUUGUGCAUGUUUAUUCACAUUUGUGUUUCAUUACAUUUUGAGAGUCAUUGUUUUGGAUUCCAGUGUGCUUGCAUAUGUAUGUAUAUAUUCAUGUAUGCAUAUGUAGGAGAUGCUAUGACUCUGCAGCUUUGGCAAGCCACUGGGAAAAACAAACAAUUACUGUUAGAAUUGUUGCUAGGUGUCCUCUACCAUCAUCAGUGGUGGAUUGGGGUCAUCUUACAGCCUGGAUGUAAUGGUCUUAUGGUAAAGGGGGUCUUUAGAUGGUAUUAUGUAUUACUACACAGCGUCUUAAAAAGCAGAGACAUCACCUUGCCAACAAAGGUCCAUAUAGUUAAAGCUAUGGUUUUCCCAGUAGUGAUGUAUGGAAGUGAGAGCUGGACCAUAAAGAAGGCUGAUCGCCGAAGAAUUGAUGCUUUUGAAUUAUGGCGCUGGAGGAGACUCUUGAGAGUCCCAUGGACUGCAAGAAGAUCAAACCUAUCCAUUCUUAAGGAAAUCAGCCCUGAGUGCUCACUGGAAGGACAGAUCCUGAAGCCGAGACUCCAAUACUUUGGCCACCUCAUGAGAAGAGAAGACUCCCUGGAAAAGACCCUGAUGUUGGGAAAGAUGGAGGGCACAAGGAGAAGGGGACGACAGAGGACGAGAUGGUUGGACAGUGUUCUCCAAGCUACCAGCUUGAGUUUGACCAAACUGCGGGAGGCAGUGGAAGACAGGAGUGCCUGGCGUGCUCUGGUCCAUGGGGUCACGAAGAGUCGGACAUGACUAAACGACUAAACAACAACAACACUUUAAAAUGUUAUAAGCCAGAUCAGCUGCAUUUGGGGGCCCUCCUACUCGUUUUGCUGAGUGGGACCCUAGACUUCUGCCCUAAAGUUCUGCCUUGACAGGACCAUUUACCAGGGACACCAACUUCUGGGUUUGCGGAGAGCAGAUGGAGUGGUUGCUUGUGGAUGGGAAUAGCUUGCAUGAAUGAAAUGGUGUCUUUCUCAUCUUGCUAACCUGGCUCUGUCAUUUUCAGAGCUGCAGUGAUGUGCUUCAGGAGAGAUUUGCUGUCGAGAUGAAGUGCAGCGUUGCUUUACGGCUGGCUGCGCUGCACAUCCAAGAGCGGAUUAUCGCCUGUGCUCAGCCACAGAAAGUCUCUCUGAAAUAUAUAGAGUAAGUCACACUUCUCCGAAUGUGGCAAUGUACUUCUCUAGCCAAGUAGGUAUGUGCAAAACUAGUGUCAAAUAGGUGUUGAAUUGCAUAAAAGCUAGCGGAAAUAACAUACAAACAUGCAUUGUAUUAGGGGAAAAUGCUGAGCAAUUUUUUAUGAGGGCUUAGAAAACUAUCCCAAAUUGAAUUUAGGAUUGGGGAAACUGAGAAACUGAGACAGAUUUUCCCAUCUCUAUGUCUUAGUGCCACAAUGGCAACUCCUGGUGUGCUAAUUUUCCCCCCAUUGCAUAUGAUCCCCUGCAAUAAUGAUGGCACUGGUGGGGGAAAAGGAAAAAGCCAAUGCUUCCUUUCACUAUGCCAUUAGGACACGGGUGGCACUGUGGGUUAAACCACAGAGCCUAGGACUUGCCGAUCAGAAGGUCGGCGGUUCGAAUCCCCAUGAUGGGGUGAGCUCCCAUUGCUCGGUCCCUGCUCCUGCCAACCUAGCAGUUCGAAAGCACGUCAAAGUGCAAGUAGAUAAAUAGGUACCGCUCUGGCAGGAAGGUAAACGGUGUUUCCAUGCGCUGCUCUGGUUCGCCAGAAGCGGCUUAGCCAUGCCGGCCACAUGACCCGGAAGCUGUACGCCGGCUCCCUCGGCCAAUAAAGCGAGAUGAGCGCCGCAACCCCAGAAUCGGCCACGACUGGACCUAAUGGUCAGGGGUCCCUUUACCUUUACCUUUUAGCACCAGAAAGGCAGAGUCAAGCAGUUUCUGAUCACCUCUAUCAUAUGCAGCCAAUGACCCCCCUCCCUCUCUGGGAUGACUUUCUUUAAACACAAACAGUUCUGUAGGGUUAUCCUCUCCGACAUUUGCUCUCUGGUUUUGUUGUUGUUGUUGUUGUUUUGUUUUUGAACAGAAAGGACUGGGGAAUCGAAAACUUCAUUUCCCCAACUCUGCUCCGAAACAUGAAAGGCAAAGACAUCAAAAAGGCCAUUAGCUUUCACAUGAAGAGGAAUCAACUCUUGCUGGAUCCGAGACAAAAGGUAAUGCUGCUUUAGCACAUCUCAGAAAGAUCCCUGACUGCUUUGUUUUACGGAGUUCGCUUGCUGCUGUUGAACAAAUCUGUUCUGUGAUCUUGAUCAGUAUUCUAGAGUAGUCUAGGUUCUCCAUUCCAGAUUUAGUGGACUAAAGUAAAGAACACAAUGUGGGAAAGAGUUAGAUUGGUUUGGCUGCAUGCAUGUGAUGCAAGCUGAAUAUUAAACACUCUCCUCUUUUUUUGUAUAUAUAUAUAUGAAUUUUCUGUUUUACAGUUUAAAGUACUCAUUUUUACAUCCUUAACAUAUCCAUGACUUCCCUUCUCUUUCCAUGGUUCAUUUUACAUAUCAGAAAUCCCUGCAUGUUUUACAAAAACCAUACCAUCCAGUAUUCCAUUAUUGCAGCCAUCAAAACUUAUUUACACUGUUGAAUUUGUCUUAAUGCGGCCGGCAUUUUCAGCUGUACACAGUUAUUUCUCAUAUAUUCAAUAAACAUAAUUCUCUAAACAUAUGUUCUUCUUGUUCUCUUUUUCUAUAUGUUAAGUCUGCAAGCUGUGCAUAUGCUGUCAACUUAAGUUGCCACUCACUUUUUAUUUUUGGGACUAACAAAAUACAGGCCGCAGUAGUGACAUAAAUAAGUAACCUUUUUUGACACCUGGGAAUUUUCAUCUGACUUAUCCCCAACAGAAAGGACUCUGGUUUGUGGGGGAAGAAGUACUUUUAAACAUUUAUUUCAAUUCAUUAUGGAUCAUUUCCCAAUACUCUUACCCUUUUACAAGUCCACCGCAUAUGAAAGAAUGUUCCCAGAAUAUUAAACUCUUAAGCCUACUAAGUGACUCAUACACUAGAGGUUGAUCCAAACACCUGGCUAGCAGUGAUGGGGCUUGGUAGAGCAAUACAGUAGUACCUUGGUUUUUGAACAGCUUAGUUGCCGAACAAAUAAGCUCCCUGGUUCUGGUUUUCCGCUUGAGUGCAGGAAGCUCCUGCAGCCAAUGGGAAGCUACACCUUGGUUUUUGAACAGUUUCGGGAGUCGAAUGGACUCCUGGAAUGGAUUAUGUUCGAGAACCAAGGUACCACUGUAUAGUCACCGCCACUUGUACCAGGGUAGAAGGUAGGUCCAAGGACAAAUUCCAGCCAGGCAAAAGUACUCAAGGAGCAUAGGAAGAGGGGCUGGCAAGGGGUGUGGUUUGGGGAAAGAGGGUAUGUCUGGGAAGAGGGUGUGGUCUGGUAAGACUCCCAAAGGUCAUAUGGAGAGACCUGGAGGUAUGCAUUAGUUCCCAGGGCUUCCCACCCCUGUCUUAGAUUAUCGUUUCAGCAUUGCGUUGCUAUUGCUUACCUUGAUUUGUACAAUAGCUGGUUUUCUGAACUAUUGCUAAGCAUUCCUCUCCACCAUUGCAGCACCUCCUCUCAGCAGCACAUGUGCGUCUGUGUUAUCUGCAGAUCCUGGGGGAUCUGAAACUCUAUGGAGGAAAGAUCUUCAACGCCACACUAAUGGUAAGGUCGUUAUCUGUUUAACACAGUGUAUCAGCAAUCUUUGAAAGACACUUUUGAUGUAUUUUUUCAGCUCCUUUACUGUAAGAACUCAAGAGCGUGGAAGCAGUCUGGGUCCAGGGUAGGGAUGGGCAAAUUUGUCAGUUUUGGGUACUCGUCGUUUCUCACUUUUCCAACCUUGAUUUCACUUCUCCACAUAUCCACCUCAGUCUGUGAUUUAUUUAUUUUUAAAAGUCCUUAAGAAAAUGCAUCAGCAUUUUGGAGCAAAUUUCACCUAAUAAGCAAUUUUUGUAUGCAAUGUCACCUAAUAUAUGUUUCUUUGCAAGCUACUUUCCCUAAUAUAAUGCAUUUUAAUGCUAUUUCCACUAAUACACACACACACACACUUCACAGGAGAACUGCAAUGGAGGAGUUUGUCAAAAUUACUUCCUUAUUAAAUUUCUAUACAGUUGUACCUUGGUUCUCGAACAUAAUCCGUUCCGGAAGUCUGUUUGACUUCCAAAAACGUUCAGAAACCAAGGCGCGGCUUCCGAUUGGCUACAGGAGCUUCCUGCACUCAAGCGGAAGCCGCGUCAGACGUUCGGCUUCCAAAAAACGUUCAAAAACCAGAAUACUUACUUCCGAGUUUUCAGUGUUUGGGAGCCAAAACGUACAAGUACCAAGGCGUUCGAGAACCAAGGUACGACUGUACUGCCCUCCAGUCAAAGAUCACAGGGCAGUUUACAAUAUAGAAACACAAAAAUAAAUGCUCUUGCUAGGAGAAUAGUAGAACCAGGUUCCAGAAUAGGAAAACGGGUGGCAUUCAACAUAGCGCUAAAUGGAGCAUUUGUGCAUGGAAUAAGGUCUGCUUGUGCAACAAGACUCCCCCCACCCCCGGCCGCCAACUCUCCUUCUAAAUCUGUUUUUUUUGGGGGGGGUCCCCCCAUUCCUCCAGAGCAGAUUUAGGUGGUGCAAGGGGAGAGGGGAAAAUGUCUCAUUGCAUGAGCUAAAUUUAUUCUGCACAUGCAGCAGUUUAGUUGAAUCCUGCCCAUUAUUUAUAUUAUUUUUAGAUGAUAGCUCGAAAAUUAUGCUUAAAAGAGUAUCUGAACUUUUCAGAAAUGUCUGUUUGAGGUCAAAGGGCAUUGAAACUAACUUGGUCAAUAGCACACUGUUUCUCUUUUCUUUAUUUUCUUUUAUUUUGCAUUUAACAUUUGCAUUCAUAUAUAGAUCAUAAUCAUAUACAAGUAGAAUCCUCUAAAUCCUUGGAUUUCCCCUCAACCCUGCGUGGGUUCCAAAAUUAUUCUUUUCCAGCUGCAUUGUGUAAUGUUCUCCAUAUUUCCUUAAAGCUCAAUUCUUACCAGAGUGCUUGUUACAAGUGUUGUCAAAAUCCUGCCAAUCUUUUUAAUUGUUUACAGUGUUCUUCUAAGUAACUUUUAAAAAAUACCCCGUUCUUUAUUAAAUUUAUUAUUUUAUUGGUUUCUGAUCUUCCCAGUCAUUUUUGCCAUUUUGGCAUAGUCCAUCAUCUUUAAUAACCAUUCUUCUCUGGGAAUGAGCCCACUGUUUCUCAAUCAGUGUAGAGACUGAGUCACCCAUUUCCAUUCCUUGAUUUGCAGUUGAGUGUGUUUACAUUCUUCUUUGUAAAAUAUUGAGGGCGGUGGUAGAAAGUUUUGUCUGUGGUCUUUGACGCAUGAGGGCUCAUUCCCACAUGCAAGUCCUCAUUGACCAUGAACACGCAUGCAUGGGAUCUUACCAUGGGUAAGAAGUUGUCCGCUGGAGUGUAAGCAAACUUUCCCUCCAUGUAGUUGCAGGACAGAGAAUCAUGUGUGGCCCUCCUGGUGGGAGCCAAAUAUGGAAUCAGCCAAGUGGUUAAUAACAAACUGAACAUAGUCACCAUGCUGGCAGAAUUUGCGAACAUCAGCAGACUGGAGCUGACCGAAGAAUCCGACAAAGUGAGCAUGGUGAAAAUCUACCUCCAAGAUAUCAAGGUAACUAUGACUUUGACUUAAAGGUAAAGGUACCCCUGACCAUUAGGUCCAGUCGUGGCCAACUCUGGGGUUGCGGCGCUCAUCUCGCUUUACUGGCCAAGGGAGCUGGCGUACAGCUUCCGGGUCAUGUGGCCAGCAUGACUAAGCCGCUUCUGGCAAACCAGAGCAGCGCACGGAAACGCUGUUUACCUUCCUGCCAGAGCGGUACCUAUUUAUCUACUUGCACUUUGACGUGCUUUCGAGCUGCUAGGUUGGCAGGAGCAGGGACCGAGCAAUGGGAGCUCACCCCAUCGCGGGGAUUCGAACCGCCAACCUUCUGAUCGGCAAGCCCUAGGUUCUGUGGUUUAGAGCACAAUGCCACCCGCAUACUUACUUAUUUUUAUUUAUUAAAUGUGUAUUCCACCCUAUACCCACAGAUCCCAGGGCAGUUCACAACACAGAAUCACAAUAUUAAAAAAAACAGAAAAUACAUAAUAAAAACAAACACAUAUCCGCAACACAUUUUUAAAGGGCAUCGGAUGUCUGACAAAAGUUCUGGUUGAAGAGGAACGUUUUUGCCUGGCGCUUAAAGGUGUAUAAUGAAGGCGCCAGGUGAACUUCCCUGGGGAGAGCAUUCCACAGAUGGGGAGCCACGGCAGAGAAGGCCCUCCUUGUGUUGCCUCCCUCCAGACCUCUCAAGGAGGAGGCACAUGAAGGAGGGCCUCAGAAGAUGAUAUCAGAGUCUGGGUAGGUUAAUAUGGAAAGAGGCGGUCCUUGAGGUAUUGUGGUCCUGAGCCAUAACUUUAAGAAUUCUUUGGACUAUGGGUGGAAGGGAGAUCUAUUUUACGUCACGUUUCAAAAUCCACCAUUCUGUGCUUUACUAAGAAAGAGGAAAUGGACCCCCCCACCCAAUGCAGACUGAAGGUGUAAAUAGGUGAAUGGACUGUAUUUCUUAAAGCUACAAUGAUCUCUGUCGUGUCUCGAUCUUCCAAAGGGACGCAGUCCUGGGUGAGUGCCUGGAACCCCUUGGACUCUUGCCACCGCUUGACAGAGAGAGGGGAAGGCACCCAACUUUUGUAACACCAUGUUUGAAGCACAUUCUUUCCCUCAAAGAAUUCUGGGCUCUGUAGUUUCUCCUUCGCAGAGAUAACAAUUCCCAGUGUAGCCUUAUUAGACUAUACCGAUUGGCGGGGUCUGCGUUGGAGGGAGAAAGGAAGUCAAAUGACACCGAGGUUGAUUCAGAGAAAGAGUUUAUUCUGCUCUCCGGAUAGCAGAAGGCACUUGCAUGGUCAGUUCACAGCAAGUCCAAAGAAAUGAGAGAUUUCAUGCAGUAUAUAUAUCCUCCAGGCACUCUCUCCCCCUUCCCCAGGAAUCCAACCACGUCAGCUUAUACACGUAAGUUGACAUCCAUGACCAUAAACAGAUAUUCCUGUUCCAGUACUCUUGACCAUAAAGGUUGUUCCUGUUCCUAUGCUCUUAUCUUGGGGCAGGAGGUCACCAACUCUAAGAGCACUCCUGGCGCCAUUCCCGGGUCUCUUGUCAGACCUGACAAGGUCUGUGUGUCUUUGUGGUCAGGAUGUAAGAUAAGACCCAGACGUGCCAUCCCUGCUCCACUCGGAACUGGCAAGGCCAUACAUUGCCGUCACGGACUGUUAAAGGAGAGGGCUUUGAGCACUUGUUUAUACAGCUGGCUUUCUGUUUAUACAUUGACUCAAGAGCUCAAGUUAAUGCAUUUUAGAAAUGCUCCCUUGGAGGAGGAAAAAUGAGGAUUUUAGGUCCCGUUUCAGACUGACUGCACAGAAACCCAUUUCUUCAGCAGCAACCCUCAACAAACUCCAGUAAUGUGCUUCAAAUGUGUUUUCAGGGUAUAUUUUGUUCACAGUAUGAACAAACCAGAAGCUGGAACCAGAUUGAGGGCACCUUCUCCUUUUGUUUUGCAAACCAUAAUAAAUGCCCGUUGCAUUUCUUCCUCCUUGGGCCACACGUGUGAGUGUACAUAGACAACGUGUGUGGACACACUCACCACGCAUGGAGUCGUAACAUGUACACGAGCAUUUCAUGCGUGGAAAAGGUGGCACAGGCAAAGAAGGUUUCUUAGUGUGGGUGAGGGUUUGUGCAGAUGCCUUCAGCUCUCUUUUUCUUCCCCUCCUUCAAGCUGCUGACUCUGCUGCUGGAAACGAACAACGCCAAAGACCUGGCUUGUCUCAUCCAUGGCUACUGCAGGCUGUUUGUCGAUUCGAGCAGUUCCAUAUUCGUCUGGGGGGAGAAAAAGCCUCCGGUGCAUCGUAUCUCCGCCGAGGAAGGUAAAAACAACCCGAGAGCAGUGACCAAACAGUUAGGAAGACUCUUACAGUCCCGAGAACCGAGGUACCGUAUUGGCCUGAAUAUAAGCCUCACUUUCCCCCCAAAUUCCGACCAUGAAAAGUUGAAGUGCGGCUUAUAUUCACGACCUCACGGUAUGCAGCCAGGAGCAGGGCAAAGCAGCACCCACCCCAUCAUAGCUGUCACCCGUCCCUUAUUUGGUGGGAAAGUCCCUUAUCCCAGCGCUGUGUCCCACUGCUGUCCCUUAUUGAUGAUGUCCCGUAAAUUUCCCGGGUUUCAAAGGAAGCAGCUCCUCUCCCUCCCUCCCUGCCGGCCAGGGAGGAGGGAGGCUCCAACUGUGUUGCUUGGCUGCGUUGCUCACCCAAUAAGGAGUCUAAGAACGAUGGGGGGUGGAGCUUGCAUGCCUUGUGCCGAUCAAAUCGGCCGCGUUGCGUGGGGACUCGGCUUUGCUUAGCACUUCCCAGCGGAGAGGUGACGGUGGUUUUCCUUGCUGCAUCCCCUUUGCUGGGUUGCUGCGCUGUGGGAACCACCACCUGAGGCUUCGUUUGGCUGCUGGCUGGGCUUUCUGCCUUUGGCUCGGAGGUGCUCAGAAGUUGAACAUACCUGUGCCCAAAAACCCCCUUAUUUUGGCUGCUGAUCCCUUAUUUUCGAGGCUGCUGGUCCCUUAUUUUCAAAUCUGUAAGUUGACAGCUAAAUCUGUAAGUUGACAGCUAUGCACCCCAUGCGUAGUCCUGUCCUCUCCCCCAAGGCUGGGAAGGGAGAGCGCGAAGAAGGGGGAAGGCCACCAGCAACGCAGCUCCCCCCCCCCAAAGUAUGCAGCCAGGAGCAGCAAGGAAUGGAGUGGCUUAUAUUCGGGUAUUUUUUCUUUUUUUUCUUUUCCCCCCUCCAAUUUUAAAGAUGCUGAUUAUAUUCAGGCCGAUACGGUAUUUGUGUUCUGUGUUAUAAAUCAAGCACUGCUAGGAGUUUCUUCUUUUCAUUUUCCAAUGUAUUUCUUAUCAAUUAAAAAAUCGGUGUGACACAAGUAGGUUUUUAUUCUGAAUAUGUAGCCCAGAGGAAAAAAGUCUUGAGAACCACUGCUCUAGGCAGUAAUGCAGACCUGAACAACUCUAGACGAGCCAUAUUUCCCUUUAAAAAAUAAUAAAUACAUUUUAUACAUUUUUUUUUUAAUUUUGACAAUGGAAUACAGCGGUAUAAAUCCAUUCCGGGAGUCCAUUCCAAAACCAAAACGUUCCAGAACUAUGGCGCGUUUUCCCAUAGAAAGAAAUGCAAAAUGGAUUAAUCCGUUCCAGACUUUUAAAAACAACCCCUAAAACAGCAAUUUAACAUGGAUUUUACUAUCUAACGAGACCAUUGAUCCAUAAUAUGAAAGCAAUAAUCAAUGUACUGUGCAAUAAAAUAAAUAAGACAGUAUUGUAGAUGAUCAAAGUUAAAUUUUUUUUUUUCCUUACCUGCACUGAUGAUAGUCAUUGUUUGGACUUUUGUUGGGCUUUUAUCCAUUUCCACAGUCACACAAUCAACCAGUAGCUGAAUUGGGUUCCACACAGUGACAAAAACAAAUUAACCAAAAAAGCCACAAAAACAAAAACACAAAAUAAAUAGAAAAAACAAAAGCGCCAAACUUAAUCCGUUCCAUGGUCUGUUUGACUUCCGAAAUGUUCGAAAACCAAGGCGCAGCUUCUGAUUGGUGCAGGCGCCCUGGAAACAAUAGCUGACAGCUUCAUGGAGGGUGAAGGGAUGUUUGGCUUCCGCAAAAUGUUUGAAAACCGGAACACUUACUUUUGGGGUUUUGGCGUUUGGGAACCAAGGCGUUUGAGAACCAAGGUACCCCUGUAAUCAUAAAUGAAUAAGAAUAAAAAUGUGCACCCCACCACCGAGACCAUUCCAUUGUAACUAUCCAACCUCCCAAAAUUUCAACACCUCUUGCGAUGCUUUGACCCCUUUCCGACAAGCCCUUAUUUCCAUCUCUUGCUCGGCAGGGUAUGAGUCAAGGACCUGCAGUGAUUCCGAAGAGUCGUCUGAGCCGGAUUCCUCCUUGGACCGUUUUUCAGACACGCAGUCGCCCCGGCACAACUGCACCAGCCCCCUGCCUGAGGAUGAAGAAGAGCAGGAGGCGCUGCAGCAAGAAAGGAAGGAUGUGGAGAGCGAAGGGACGAGCUUCUGCAACGGGUACGACAACACAAACGACAGCUUGUCGGAAGCCUCUGACUCGGCCAACACGGAGAGUCGGGGGCUGAAGACCAGCGGUUCGAGCGACUCUCUGGAUGCCCUCGAGGAGGACGAUUUGGAAACGUGUUCCUCGAGCAAGCCAGAGUUUUUCCACCUGUAUGCCCCCACCCUUCAGGAACUGAUGGGCAACGGCAAGGCCUUCUUGGGUACAGACAGAGAAGAGGGAAACCGAGUGGCGCAGGAGUCUGUGUUCUCCUUCCUCCUGCCACCCCAGCCGCUUGCGCAGCCGGACGGAGACUUCCGAAGGGAAACUGAGCUGGCCACUUCUGCUCUGGAGUCCAAGCUGUCGGAGAGCAACAUCAUGGAGUACUACAGCCUUUGUGCCAACAUUUCCCCGGCCAGCAGCGGAGAGAAGACCGCCCAGAGCGACAGCCCAGAGGGUGGCUCUUUGAACGGCCCCGAGGGAGACGAGGGGCUCUGCGGAGGUGGCAUGCGGGGCUUUAUCUUGGCUCCGCCCCCCGGCUUCGGAGAUGCCAGCUCAGACGAGGAAUUCUAUGACGCGGCCCAAAGGGUGACACAGGCAGAGGCGCAAGCAGGUGAGGCCAAAGGGAUUCCCCGGGGUGGGGGUCAUGAUCAGUCGAUGGAUUGAUUGACAGAUUGCACUGAACUGUCGCUUUACUUUUACAAACAGAGCCUAGGACUUGCCGAUCAGAAGGUCGGCAGUUCGAAUCCCCGCGACGGGGUGAGCUCCCGUUGGUCAGUCCCAGUUCCUGCCAACCUAGCAGUUCGAAAGCACGUCAAAGUGCAAGUAGAUAAAUAGGUACCACUGUGGCGGGAAGGUAAACGGCAUUUCCGUGCGCUGCUUUGGUUCGCCAGAAGCGGCUUCGUCAUGCUGGCCACAUGACCCGGAAGCUGUACACUGGCUCCCUCGGCCAAUAAAGCGAGAUGAGCGCCGCAACCCCAGAAUCGGUCACGACUGGACCUAAUGGUCAGGGGUCCCUUUACCUUUACCUUUAACCUUGCAAAAUGGUACGAAGAUUAAAAGCAGGAUAAAAGCAAGAGAGAAUACAGUGGACACUCGGGUUGCAAACAGGAUCCGUGCAGGACGCACGUUCACAACCCGCAGUACCGCGUCUGCGCACGUGCGGGUCACGAUUCGGCACUUCUGCACAUGCGCAAAGUGCAAUUUAGCACUUCUGUGCAUGCACGAGCGCCGAAACCCGAAAGUAACCUGUUCCGGUACUUCCGGGUUCGGUGCAGUGGGCAACCCGAAAUCGCGCAACCCGAAGCGUCUGUAACCCGAGGUAUGACAGUAAAGUCUUUAAUACACAGUGCCUUGCGCUAAAUGUGAAGAGGACACAGGGAAACGGAAGAAAGGGAGGAAGGAACAGUGGUAUUUUGUUCCUGUUAUUUUUUUUUUUUUUUUUUUUUUUUAAAUAAAUUUUUAUUAAUUUUCCAAACAUAAGAUAAGAAAGCAAACAAUACACAAAACACCGACAUACAAACAUAUAAACAUGUAUAAUUUCAUAGCCAUUUUUCAUAAACCUUACUUUCCGGACUUCCCCAUACCUCCCUUUUCUGCAUCCUUGUUUUAUAUUUCUUCAGCAACUCCUCAAUCAACUAAUUAUUCAAUUCAAUUUCUUUUAAGUUCUUCUAAUAUUAUUAAUUACAGCUGCAGUUCUCUGUUUCCCAACCCCUUGACAUUUUAACAUUCCUAAAUUUUGCAACAAGUUCUAAGAUAAACUUUAAAUUUCUUCCAAUCUUCUUCCACUGUCUCUUUCCCCUGGUCACGGAUUCUGCCAGUCAAUUCGGCCAGUCCCAUAUAGUCGAUCACCUUCGUCUGCCAUUCUUCCAGUGUGGGUAGUUGUUGUGUCUUCCAAUACUUUGCUAGAAGAAUCCUUGCUGCUGUUGUCGCAUACAUAAACAACGUCCUGUCCUUCCUUCUCACCAAUUGGCCGACAAUGCCCAAGAGAAAAGCCUCUGGUUUUUUAGGGAAGGUCCAUUUAAGAACCUUCUUAAUUUCAUUAUAGAUCAUUUCCCAAAAAGCUUUUAUCCUCGGGCAGGUCCACCAAAGGUGAUAAAAAGUACCUUCAGUCUCAUUACAUUUCCAACAUUUGUUAUUGGGCAGAUGAUAAAUUUUUGCAAGCUUGACUGGGGUCAUGUACCACCUAUACAUCAUUUUCAUAAUGUUUUCUCUUAGGGCAUUACAUGCCGUAAAUUUAAUACCGGUGGUCCACAACUGUUCCCAGUCAGCAAACAUAAUGUUAUGACCGAUAUCUUGUGCCCAUUUUAUCAUAGCUGAUUUCACCGUUUCAUCCUGUGUGUUCCAUUUCAACAGCAGAUUAUACAUUCUCGACAGAUUCUUAGUAUUGGAUUCUAACAGUUCUGUUUCCAAUUUUGACCUCUCCAUCUGGAAACCUAUUUUCCUGUCCUGUUUAAAUGUCUCGUUUAUCUGAAGGUAGUGCAACCAAUCUCGCACUUUGGACUUUAAUUUCUCAUAGCUCUGUAAUUUAACUUUUUCCCCAUCUUGUUCUAGAAUUUCACAAUAUUUUGGCCAUUUAGACUCCAUAUUAAGUUUUUUCACCUCUUUAGCUUCCAUUGGUGACAACCACCUGGGAGUUUUACUUUCCAAUAGAUCUUUAUACCGCAUCCAAACAUUGUAUAAUGCUUUCCUAACAAUAUGGUUUUUGAAACCUUUAUGCUGUUUUACCUUAUCAUACCAUAUAUAUGCAUGCCAACCAAAUCUAUUAUCAAACCCUUCUAGAUCCAAAAUAUCUGUAUUCUCAAGAAGUAGCCACUGUUUCAACCAGCAGAAAGCCGCCGAUUCAUAGUAGAGUCUUAAGUCCGGCAGGGCAAACCCCCCUCUAUCUUUAGCAUCAGUUAGAUUCUUAAAUUUUAUUCUGGGCUUUUUGCCCUGCCAGACAAAUUUAGAUAUAUCUUUCUGCCACUUCUUGAAACAGUCCAUCUUGUCCAAAAUCUGCAAUGUCUGGAAUAAAAACAACAUUCUAGGCAAUACAUUCAUCUUGAUAACAGCAAUUCGGCCUAACAAAGAAAGUUUCAACCUUGACCAUAUUUCUAGAUCCUUCUUUACCUCUGUCCAACAUUUAUCAUAAUUGUCCUUAAAUAAAUUCACAUUCUUAGAUGUUAAGUUUUCCCCCUGGUACUUUACUUUUUCGUUAUCACUAGUCCUGUUUCAUUCUGAAACUUCUCUUUUCGGCCAAUGUUAAAUUUUUAUCCAACACUUUCGUUUUCUGUUUGUUCAGUUUAAAUCCUGCUACUUGACCAAAUAUCUCAAUUAGUUCUAAUACUCUUUUAGUACUAGUAUCUGGCUGUUGCAAGGUCAAUACUAGGUCAUCUGCAAAUGCCCUUAACUUGUACUGUUUGGCUCCGACUUGUACUCCUUUAACCAACUGGUCUCCUCUAAUCAUAUUUAACAAAACCUCCAGGACUAAUAUAAACAAUAGAGGGGAUAUUGGGCACCCCUGUCGUGUACCUUUUUCUAUAGGUAUUUCUUCCGUUACCACAUUGUUUACAAUUAACUUUGCUUUUUGUUUAGAGUAUAUUGCACCUAUACCAUUUUCAAACCCUUGACCUACCCCCAUCCCUUGGAGAUUCUUCUUCAUAAAACUCCAACCAAUAUUGUCAAAGGCUUUCUCCGCGUCCACAAAAAUUAAAACAGCCUUCCUAUUAAUGUCCACUUCUAACAGUUCCAAAAUGUCUAUAAUGUUCCUCACAUUGUCCGACAUAUAUCUCCCUGGAAGAAAGCCAGUUUGGUCUUUAUGAAUCUCCCCUACCAACACUCUCUUCAGUCUUUUUGCCAUAAUGUCCGCAAAAAUUUUGUAAUCCACAUUAAGUAAUGAUAUAGGGCGGUAGUUUUUAACCUGGUUCUUUUCAGUCUCAGUUUUCGGUAUAAGUGAGAUAAAAGCUUCUUUCCACGACUCUGGUGCCUUUUCCCCUCCAAAAUUUCGUUACAUACUUCCUUCAGUGGUUGUACUAACCAUUCCUUCAACACUUUAUAAUAUCUGGCGGUCAAACCAUCUGGUCCUGGAGCUUUUCCCAAUUGCAUCUUCUGAAUGGCACCCUCUAUUUCUUGUCCUGUUAUUUUCUCAUUCAAAAUCCUUCUACUUUGCUCUGAAAUUUUUGGUAAUCCAUGUUUCUUAACAAAUUCUUCUAUUUCCUGUUCAUUAACUGGCCCUUGUGCAUAUAAUUUCCUGAAAUAACCUUGAAAACAAUUACUUAUCUCAUUUGGUUUGUGGAUAAUCUUUCCGUCCACUUCUAAACUUGUCACAGUGUUCAAUUUUUGCCUCUUUUUCAAUUGCCAUGACAGAAAUUUCCCACAUUUAUCUGCUGAUUCAAAUGUCUUUUGUCUCAUUUGCUUUAUUUUCCAUUCUAUCUCUUGAUUCAUCAAUUCCAUAUAUUGCACCUGAUAGUACUUUAUUUCUUUCAGAAUCUCAUGAGACUUUGGUUUAGACCUCAAUUUCUUUUCACCUUCUUUUAUUUUUUCCAGAAUUUUUCCUUUCCUUUCAUUUUGAUUUUUCCUUUUUAUGGAGUUCUGUUGUAUUAGGAAACCUCGCAUCACGGCCUUACUUGCGUCCCAAAUUAUUCUUUUUUCCACUUCUGUUCUCAAAUUUAUCUCAAAAUAAUCUUUCACUGUUUUUUUUGGGGCUUCUUAUAAAUCUCUUCAUCUCUGAAUAGGGUGUCAUUCAUUCUCCAUCUGAAGGAUCCAGUUGUUGUUAGUUUCAUCUCCAUCUUUACAGCAUUAUGGUCGGAGCAAGUCUUUGAGCAGAUUUCUACCUUUUUAAUCCUUGGCGCCAUACUGCUAGUUACCCAAAUUUGGUCAAUUCUUGUCCAUGUCAUUUUUGCUUCAGAGAAAAAGUUCCCUCUCUCUCAAGAGGGUUCCUUGUUCUCCAAAUGUCAAUCAAGUCCAUAGUUUCAGUCAUUUCAAAAAAGUCUUUGGUAGUCUCCCUUCCUUGGAAAUUACUUGUCUCUGUGCUUUGUCCAUAUUUGUGGAAACUACGCCAUUCAUGUCUCCCAUCAUUAUAAUUCUGUAGUCUAAAUAGUCCAUUAAAGUCUCAUGCAACUUCUUAAAGAAUUCCGCCUUCCCAUCAUUUGGUGCAUAGAUUCCAACUAUCAAAAUUUUUUCUCCUUGAACUUGUAUUUCAAUUGCCAGGUAUCUUCCUUGUUCAUCUUUAAAUAUCAUCUUUGGAGCCAAUUUUUCUUUUGCAUAGAUCACCACGCCUCUUUUCUUAACUUUAUCUGAUGAAAUAAAGUUAAGAAAAGAGGCGUGGUGAUCUAUGCAAAAGAAAAAUUGGCUCCAAAGAUGAUAUUUAAAGAUGAACAAGGAAGAUACCUGGCAAUUGAAAUACAAGUUCAAGGAGAAAAAAUUUUGAUAGUUUUUUUAUUUUUUUUAACACCUUUAUUGAAAGUUCAAAAAUGCAUAAUUUUAUAUGCACUCAACAUUGUGAAACAUAAAUGAAAGAAAGAGAAAGAGAAACAGAACCCGUGUAGAAGGGAAAAUAAAGGGGGAGAGGGGAAAUCUUGAUCCUGAUGAAUUGGGAAAAAUAAAAAUGUGGCUCCCUUCUACGAUAGAAUUGAAGAUUUAUACAAACCCGCAACAUAUGAACAACUUGCAUAUAAAUGCAGACUUACCAUGGAGAAAUUCAAUGAUAUUUGGAAUCCAUUCUUACAAAUACUGUAAUAGGUUAAGAUCUGGUAAAGUACAGUAACAACCUUGUAAAGUAUACAGUUUUGGGUUUCUGUUAUUAUGUUGAGGAGGAAACCUCAAUUAAGAGUUUGAUGAUGAUGAUGAUGAUGAUGAUGAUGAAACAGAAUAAAACCCCCCAAACGCAUCCAUAUAUUAAAAAUGCAGGCCUAAUGCAUCUCACCUGUGGAAAGAGGCCACAAAUUAACAACCGAAAACCUGGGUAACGAAAAAUGUUGUUGCAAGCUCCUGAAAAUAGAUAGCGAUGGCGCCUGGCCUAGCUCCCUGGAGAGAAUAUUCUGUGAAUGUACUGAUUGUGAAGAUAACACAAGAACGGCUUUAAGUGAGGUGCCGCAGAGACAGGGAAAUGGGGGGUGGACUUUCAGCCCAAUUCAAUAGUUCUUUUGUUUUGACUUUUAGUCUGAGGACUAGAGCCCAGCAAGGAUAGUAAGGUAAAAGUAAAUGGACCCCUGACCAUUAGGUCCAGUCAUGACCGACUCUGGGGUUGUGGCGCUUAUCUCGCUUUACUGGCCGAGGGAGCUGGCGUACAGCUUCCGGGUCAUGUGGCCAGCAUGACUAAGCCACUUCUGGUGAACCAGAGCAGCGCACGGAAAUGCCGUUUACCUUCCCGCCGGAGCGGUACCUAUUUAUCCACUUGCACUUUGACGUGCUUUCGAACUGCUAGGUUGGCAGGAGCAGGGACUGAGCAAUGGGAGCUCACCCCGUCAUGGGGAUUCGAACCGCCGACCUUCUGAUCAGCAAGUCCUAGGCUCUGUGGUUUAACCCACAGCGCCACCCGCGUCCCUUCAAGGAUAGUAGUGGAUAGUAGCGGGUUGCAAAUAAUAAUUUUUAACAUAAAUGCUGUGCUUUCACAUUUGUGAAGUGUUUCAGGCAAGUAUUUAUGUAUGCAUGCAUGUACAGUGGUACCUCGGGUUAAGAACUUAAUUCGUUCUGCAGGUCUGUUCUUAACCUGAAACUGUUCUUAACCUGAAGCACCACUUUAGCUAAUGGGGCCUGCCGCCGCGCCGCCGGAGCACAAUUUCUGUUCUCAUCCUGAAGCAAAGUUCUUAACCCGAGGUACUAUUUCUGGCUUAGCGGAGUCUGUAACCUGAAGCACCUGUAACCUGAAGUGUCUGUAACCCGAGGUACCACUGUAUAUCGCUUAAUGCCAAAGUAGACAUCUAAGCAGUUUACAAAGCCUUAAAAACUGGUAGUGCAAACACUGAGGUAUCAAUAGCCACUGGUUUUAAACGAACAGAUCAUUUAUCCUCAUAAUAUUUUUUUUAAAUAACAUUUCUUUCUUCACACUGAUAGUCUCUUCCUUAUUUUUAGGUUCUGCAGGCCCAGCCCAGCCAAAUGUACAAGACUGCAGCACCCUGAAAGUGUCUUCCAGCUGCAGCUCGGGUGAAAAUGUUCUGUCAAGGCAAAGCAGGAGGACAAAACACAGGCCAGAAAAGGAGCCAAGGUGUGGCAACAGCAGCCUGAGGAAGAGGAGGUCUUUCCUGGAGACGAAUUACACCUCCCAAGUUACUUUCCCUCAAGCUCCAACUCAGUCCCUGGAAAACAUUGAUCAGUUGUCCUGUGAAGGAGAACCUGGGUCUUCGGGUCUUUCCUCCUCACCCGUUGUGGCCUCCUUGAGGGACCCUGAGAGAGAUUCUGCUCUCCUUGAGGUCGAACAAAUAGCUCAGAUAGCCAAAAAUACACCUGUCUUAAUGGAGAUGGAGCCCGAUUCACUAGAAACCAAGUCAUUAACCGAUUCAGUUGUGUGUCCUGUCUUGGCCAUUCGUCUUCAGGGUGCUCAGGAAGGGAUAGAGAAUUCAGACUUUGCCCGUAGCUCUUUCUCCACAGUGAAGCAAGACGGUGGUUUAGCUGUGUCAGAAAUCUCCUUUCAUGACCUUGACACCACUUACAAAGAAAAACCAGAAGGUCUUCCAGAAACAGCUAGCCGAGUUCAGGACCAUUGUGUCUCUGGAGGAAAGAAAAUAUCUGGCAGUGCAGCAGGGACAGCAAAAGUCUCACGUGAAGCAGGAGGAGUCAGCUAUGUAUUGAUUGAGGAGAUAAUACACACCACUACCAAACCCUCCGGGUCUCUGAACAGCUACCAAGGGAAAGUGUCGCCUCGCGUGCCAACCUCGGAACAGGAUCUCCUUCCUGCUGAGAAGGUGGAGAAAUACGAGCAGCUUGUGCUAGGUCCCUGCAAAAGAAUCAAAGGUGACCUGGCCUCACGUGGCUCAAGCCAGGCACCUCCCGGAAACUUACUGCUCCAAGAAGACACCAGCAAAACGCUGAGUGAAGGCUCUGUAGCAACAUCUGAAGAUGCCAAACGGCUGGGUUUCUCCAAAGCAAAUGAGCUCCUUUCCAAGUGUGAUGGUGCUUCAGGGAUCAAGACACACCACUCUCAGCUUGGCUUUAGUUCAGUGGGAGGUCAAAGAGAAACACAGCAGAAGGUAGAUGACAAGCACCAGAGAAUUGUUGGCCAAAGUGACCUGGUUGCAGAUCAGGUCUCUUUAAACGAUGAUGUCCCAAGUCAAUGGUCGUCGUCAACCAUGACUCCUCCUCUGGAUAGGUCUUCAUUGCUUGCUGGUGACCAGAAGCCAGAGGAGAGAGCGCUCACAAAUGAUGCCUCCCAUGUGGAUUGUAAAAAUAAACUUCCCAGUCCCCUAGUUGUCCCUACAGAGAAGAGUGUGGAGCAGGGAAAAGCUGGCAUUUCAGAUGGAGUGGAUGGCUUUUCGCAUGACAAUCCGUGUAAGUCUACAAGGCUCAGUGAGGAAAGCGGUAUUUCAGAGUUGUCUUUUUUGUGUUCUGGUAACUCAAGAGAUGAUGCUAAAGGACCAGUGAGCUCUAAGACCACAGUGUCUCCACCUGCAGUGAACACUGCAGAGUCAUUCUCGCCAAAACAUAAAACAGACAGGUGCAGUUGCCGGUUGACGUAUGCAAGUUGUUUCCAUGGGCUAGACGAGGCAGAAUUAGAAUUUGCCAGUCCAGUUGCACGUGGUCCUUCUGAGGAGCCGUUAACAACCCCACCAACAACAAGAAGUUCUCCGUCUUUAGAUAUUAACUCCACGAGAUUUAUUCUAGAGCAUAACUACGUGAAUGGUAACCCCAAAGACUGUAGAAAUCACGCCUUGCUUCCAGACUCUCAUAUUCAAGUGCUGAGCUGUUUAAAGGAUAGAACGUGUGCCUCACCUUUUGACUUCCACCAGUUGCUAGGUAAUAUUAUAGACCUACAGGGAAUUUUGCGGCAGUUUGGGGGAAGCAGAAUAAAGCACCCUCGGGAUAAAUGUUUGGCCCAUUUUUCAGAAAACAAGAACACCUUGCACACAGAAUCACAAAGGCUGAUGUCCAGUUGCCAGAAAGUUAUCAAAGCACAUGGGCCUUCCUCGGAGACGCAAAACGCCAUUCGGGAGACCUUCCAGAACCUUCUCCAGCUGACCGAAGUGUGCUUUCAGUUCACAAACUGUGGCCUUUGCAGCAAGAGGCACAAAGACCUCGCGGUCAACCUGAGAGAUGUCGCGUACAGCUAUCGCCAGUUUGUCCAAGCGGCACAGCAAGCCUGGGAGAGGGGCUAUCCCCAAUUGAGCAUAAGACUCCUUGUGUGCCAGUACACUGCCCUCAGUGCAGCUCUCUUCUGCCUCGUGCAACGAUUCAGGGCCUCGUCUUGUGUAUGA